CCUGGUUUAUUCGGCUUUCAAUGAUGAAGAAUAGUUCACUUUCAGUUAAUUAGAGCAAUGGUAAGCUUCGCAAAAGCUUCCUGCUUUUCGUUUACCUUCUAGCGGUUCUUUAAUUUCCGAAAUCGACUUCUAGUACCUUAAUUUGUUGUGCUUUCUUGAGACGCUUCAAGUGUAAAUUCACGUCAAAAAUGACUGUUGUUGUUUCAAUUGUAGAGGAGAUCUCUUGCUCCGAGCCAACUUCUCAAAAGAAAGCAAGGCUUCGAGGAAGAAGAACAGACUCAGCACAAACGGAAACAGGUGAAAAUGUGCCGUACUUUAUUUGAAAAGCUUACUUAAUAAAUAAGCUUGAAUGAUAAUGAAAAUUAUGUACAAAAUUGAUUUGCGAAGUCAGUGAAAGUGGUACAGCUGAAACGUGCCAACAACUCGUGCUAUAUGCUGCGGGGCAUGCUUUAGGUUAAUAUAAUCGUUUCAUACAAGACGAAAUUUUUGUCCUUCUUGUUCUACCGGGAGCCAUUUACCAAAAAAAUCUGGAAAUUUUGAUUGCAAUGUCCUUCAUGUGUGAGGAACGUGUUCCAUUUGACAUAAGUCAGAGUUUUUACGAAAAUGACAACAGUGGAGCCUGAGGUAACAGCCGACAUUUUGUGACGCCACCUCUGGUUUCCUGUAAAAUGACGUCUGAGAAACGAGCGCAGAAAUUUGAUACUGAGGUCCAGAUCGGGGUAGUGCUUCUGAUUCCCAUGCAGCAUGAUUAAUCAGAAGCACCACCUAGAUCUGGUGGUGACGUGCAUCAGUUUGGAAUUCCUGCACUUGUUUAUUAGAUGCCAUUUUCCGGGAAACUGGUGUUAGGGUUGCCAAAUGUUAUCUGCUUUCUUAAGCUACAUGCAAAUGGAUCAAACAACUCGCAACAAUGACCAGCUUCAAACUUUUGCGCAACAACAGGCAACAGGCCAGGGUGUGCAACUUAACAAACCCAACAUAUAACAUCCAACAAUGUUGUGUCCAUUUGCACGUACACUGUAGCUUUACAUUUGUAGGCUAACAGCAGUGCAGAGCCUGGAACUGGUGAGUCCUUGAGAAAAAAUGGAACAUGCAUCUCUAUCAGAAAACUUUCCAAUGGGAAAAGAGUAUCACUUUUAAAUUCUGCUUACAUGUAUUUCUGAAAUUUUCUUAACAGAAAACCUGUUGUUCCAUUUACAGCAACUGAAAUUUCGGGAAUUUUGUGGUAAAUGGAAAAUACCACUUACUCCUGUGUCAUUUCCAAAAAGCAUGCCUUUACAGCGUGCAAAGAAAGUCGUGUCUGAUAGCCGGGGCUAGUGGAUUUUGCUAUUGGGACUAGUGAUUUUUGUUCUUAACUUGCCCGACGGCUAACUGCUGUUUUUUGGAGAAAUUCAAAUUACAGAAGGACUAAUCAAUCCUGGUAAUCAAAAAGGGUUUGGGGGCUAGCUACAGCUUGCCCAAAUGGCAGGCUGUGAAACUGACUUUCUUUGCACCCCUCUUUAUUGUUCAUGCAAAGUAAUUCCUUAUUUCCCUCUCUCUGAUUGCCUGUUAUCCCUCAGCUAAUUCUUCAUAGUCAGCUGGGGUUGACCAAAUUCAGAUUUAGAGUACACCACUCAAAAUUAAGUUCUGAGUCACUUGAAAGUCUUGAUCGUCGAGACUCUAUUCUUAAAACUUUUGAGAAUCAAGUCUCUAAUAUUGAGGAUCAAGUUUUGAGUUUUAAAACCAAAGUUUCAAGUCAAGAAAUGAUUUAUAAUGAGCUAGACUAAUCUCUCAAUUAACAAAUUUGGAAAACAGAGCUUACAGUGUAGAUUAUAUACCAUCAUUAACAUUUGUCCUUCAGACAUCAGUGAUUGUAUAAAGUCAUUGCAAAUUAUUCAUGGCUAAACACAUUUAGAAUUUAGUGUUUAGCUCGUAAUGGUGAAAAGAGAUUGAAAAGAGAUUGAAUAUACCUGUACUGGUACUGGUAUGUUUUACACGUUUUUACCAAUUUUCACCCAGAUGUUUAGAAGUGAUAUUUGUCAAAGUUUUGCAUACAAGAUAUCUGCCUAGCCCUGGUCAAGGUGAUGAAAAAUGCAUAAGAAGUGUUGUUGGGAAAAAAAUAAUAAAUAAUAAAAAUAAUAUUAUAAAAUUUAAGGUGUAUUUACAAGUGCUCUAUUAUUCAGCUUGGCAUGGAAGUUCAUGUUUUUUCCUUGUCUAAGAGCACACCUGUGUAGAACAUAAUUAUGUACUCUUGAAUAAGGAAGAAUUUACACCUUUAUAAUAAUACUGUAUGUUUCUUGUGGUUUGAUUUUGGUUCAGAAGCUCAAAUGUGAUCCAGCUGAGGAUGUGCUUGACAGACCAGUUUUGGCUCCACUACCUACACAAGACAACUGUGGCUCAUUAAACCUCUCAGCCCAUGUAAAUAAAUAUGUGCAUAUUAUUCAUUUCUUUACGUAUUCUGCAUUUAAAAUAGGCUGAGAAAACAGCUUGCAUUUUGCAACACCACAACUGGUUUCCCCCACAAACUGAUGGGUGGGAAAAGAGCGCAGAAAUUCCAUACCAAUGACGAGUCACUACCCAGAUCUGGCUAGUGCUUCUGAUUGGAUGAAGCAAAUUAAUUUAACCAAUCAGAAGCAGUACCCAGAUCUGGGUAGUGAUGCAUCAUCAGUUCUGGAGUCUCUCAGACAGCAUUUCACGGGAAACCAGUAGUGGUAUUGGGAAAUGCUGGCUGUUUUCUCGGGCUACAUUUGAUACCGUCUGUCAUCUUCCAUUCCAGUGGCUCUUAUUAGAUUUGCAAAUUUUUUUAAUAAUCCAUUGUGAAAUCGCUGGUGAUCCCUGCAAUCUGAUUGGCUCUCAGCGCUGUGAUUUAUUCCCGAAUCACACUAUUUUUUGUUCUAAGUCACCUCUGUUCUAAAUCACGUCAUUCAUUUUCUACGUAUAAACUGACGUCAUGUCUGAUUAAAUCGCACCUUUUCGCUCUAUAUUGCAUCAUUUCUGUUUUGGGUACAAAAAUUUUGAGGUGUGAAAGCCUUUUUGUUUCUGCUUUUAGGUGAGAAAGCCUCUUUGUUUCUACUGGGUCAAAUAAAUAUUGAUACUGACUGAAUUCUAUGAUUUCAAAAUGGCUGUAAUAAAGUGGUAUUUGAACUUUGUGUUGUGCAAUUUUGGUCUGAAAUCAUACUUGUGAUUUCAAAUUGAACUUCAGAUCAGAUUGCACUCCACUCAGUUCAAUUACCAGUAUGUAUGUACACUGUAGGCAGUAUUUUCGUGAUAUCACUGAUCAUGGUGAUGCAAAGUCUGUCUCUUACUUUUUACACAAUUGCAAAGGUAAAAGUAUUUUUUUGAGGGUACAAUUAAUAACAUCUGCAACGUUAAUACUUAACAAUAACUUAUACUGCUACCGUAUGUAUUUCGUUUUUUUUCAAUAAUUUUGAAGCUGGAAUUCAUAAGAUGUCUGAGAGUGUAAGCAUAAAAUGGUGUGAAAAUUUUAGAAAUGUUAAAAAAAAAAUCUUGCAGAAAAAAAUAAUGAUGUGAAUUGUUUUGUUUUUUACAACAGGAAGCACUUAUUCGCAAGAUUCUUGCCAAGCCCUUCAAAGUUCCAUUGCCAAACUAUCAAGGCAAGUCGUAAUUACUCUUAUAAUAUUAUACGUUCUACUUACUAUCUGUUUACUCAUUGGCUAAGAGCCUACAGCUAAUUUUGGAAAUCAGCGCAACCUACAGAUUACUUUAUUAAUUAUAGUUAUCUGCCAGCAGAAAACUGACUAAUCUGUAGGUUGUGCACGUAAUGCAUGAUUUCCAAUAACAACCUUGUGACAGUGUGUUUGUCUUUAAGGCCUUGGUAAGUGUUAUCAGCCUCUGUCUUUGGCUUAGCUGAUAACACUUACCUCGACCUUGAUUAUUCCAGGUAUCACAAAAACCUCAUCCAAUAAUUGUUGAAUAUUUUCUUUAUACUUCACUUCAGUUUCUGAGUUUUUGAGUGGGGCUUUUUUGUGCUUAUUGUACUUCCUGAAAUUAUGAUUCCCUGAUCCUGGAAUCUCAGGAUGAUGAUGAUGAUGUGGUGAUGAUGAUAAAUAAUAUUAAUAAUGAUAGUAAUAGAUGAAUAAAUAAUAAUAACAAUAUGAGCUUCUUACUGAACUCUUUAAUUCUUAGAAGUGACCAAAGUCAAGGAGAGACAAAAAUUCAGAAUUAUAUUUUGUAAACGUGACCAGGCACCGGAUUUCAUACACUAAGUCUUUACCAUUAAACAGGUAAUAAUAGGCGGAUUGUAAACAGAUAGUGAAUGGGCAAUUUAAACGGUUUGCAUAAGUGUUAAAUGACAGACCAAAGUUCCAAAACAGAUUGUGCAAUUUCCAUUAAAUGGAUGAGAAAAAAUGAUUAAACAAAUAAGAAGAAAGAAACGCCAACAGUCCAGUCAAUAAUCAGCCAGUAAUUUUGCUACUUCCAGUGGAAUAUUUACUGCCAACUCCACACUUAAGUUUAUAAACUUUAAUAAUAAUAAAAAUUAGUACUUAAUAAAAAUAAAGAAUAAUAAUAUUGUUCAAUGAAUGAAAACUUAUUAAAUAAUAGUCAAUUUUGUUUGUUAAAAUAUUAGUAUUGGUAAUCCAGUGUACUGGCCAUAGCUUCCAUACAUUUUAAACACUAAUGAGUCACUUUACAUUUAUGUUUACAUCGAUUAUAUUAUCACCCUCAAGAUCAUCAAUCCUCCUCGUCAAUGAUAUGUGGAUCUUUGCAUUCCUCUUGCAUCCCACGUACUACAGUUGACUCCUGUUAACUCGAAGUAAUUUUCAAUUCCCUUCAGAUGAUCAUUUUCUAUAUAAUUUUACCCUUGAUAACUCGAACUCCCAAUAACUUGAACUUUUUUCUAUUUCCCUUGAAGGUUCAAAUUAUCGGGAGUCGACUGUAUUUAAGAAAGUGAAGGGAAGGGGAGGGAGAGGCAUUUUUACCUAGAGGGUGCUGCUUAUUGGGGGCAAGGAUGCUUUUUAAAUAUGAGCACUUAUCAAACUUGUAUGGUACACUUGUAUAACCAAAAAGAACACCCUACACUUACAUGUACGGAGCUGUUUAAUUUCCUGUCUACUAAAUUAUUGCAACAUGAAAUCUAAGUGACAGCAGUCUGGCCCUGAUACAAUGUAUUUCACUGUUGUUUAGGAUGCACCUAUUCAAGAGGUCUUGGAAUAAAGAGAAAAGGUCCUCGUAGAGCUCUUCAUGAUCCUUACGAAGAAAAUGCAUUGGUUCUUUACUCCCCUCCUGAACUUACUGCUCAUGAAAAGCUCACAGCUGCUUUGUAAGUACUAUGUCCAAACAAUAUUAAACUUAUGAAUGCUUAUUCUCGACCUUGGAAUUAAAAAAUUGAAAAAUAAAUUCUUGUCUCAAAAGUUCUCAGCUACAUGUAGCUACUAGUUCCUGAAGGGUCUCAAAAAGGUAUGUUGCAGUUAUUUUUUUUUUUAUUUCAGUUAAUUUUUGUUUUUCCUUUGUUUUAAAUUCAUCAGCAUACAUUACCAUACCCAAAAACUGUGCAUGUGUGGAAAAAUAAAAAUUAACUGAAAUGAAAAAUUAACUACAACAGGUACAAUUAUACUAAAAAAUCUGAAACCUUUUUAGACCAGAAUCUAUUUUUCAAAUGUUAAACUUUUGUUGAAAAGUUAAUGGCAAAGUGUAUUUGCUAUUUUUGUAUAGAUGUAGUCUACACUGUACUUUUUUUGCGUUAAGUAAGUUUGGCAUUCAGUCAUCUGACAUUAUGACAAAAGUAGAAUAGGCAGGUCUUUAGUGCGAUACAUUUAAUACAUACAUAAUAUCUAGACUUGUAAGUUAGAAUUAGUAGGAUUUAGAAGUAGAACUGUGAAACAGGCAACAGAUUUAGGGAAAAAAUCUACUUGGCAGUAUGGCUGUUGUUUUGUUAGAAUGGCUGCGUGAGCAACAUUUUGACAAUUUUGGAUUAAACUCUGUUCGUUAGAAAUAAUUUACUAAUUUGUUCCUCUUUUAUUCUGAUCAUGACUGUGCAUUCGUCAUAAAGAGAGAGCCAAGAAGUUCACGGUAAGAUACAAACAUUUCAUAAAGUCACUGUUGUUUUGUUAGUCAUUUUGAGCACUCUUAAUCAAUGGGUCACAACCAGAUUUUAGAGGUGUAUGCUUACAUUUUAUGUAACAUACAUGUAUGGCAGUGAAUUUUUUACAGCUAAAAACAAUAUUUAACCCAAUUCGCUCCUGGAGAUUUUGCCAAAAAAUGCGUUUUGAAGCUAGUCGAGUGGUUUUCUGGUCAGUGUCGUGCUAUAAAGGGCUAAAACUUACCACAAGCCGGUUUACAGGUCGUACACUUGGCGGCCUUCUGAUCCAGAUGCAAAACAUCAGCUUGCGAAGUUCGGGCAUGUGCAGAAAGCCAAAUUUCGAGAUAGUUUUUGGGUUUAAAAGUGACACAGCAGUCUUGACUUUUACUUUUCGCUUUCUCUCCUCCCUUCUUUUUUCGUUUUUCUUGCCUUAUUUUUUUUUUCUCUUGCUGGGCAUUUAGUAGGCUUCAUUUUGGUGGGAAGAGUUUUUAGGAAAGCUUUUAGGAUCUUAGGAUUAGGUAAAAGGAAAGGUAGGUGGGCAAUGGAACAAGAUUUUCAUGGAGAUUUUCAGGUCAAUGUUACAUGGUUUUUUGCUUCUUUCUCCGGUGUCCUUGACUGAAUUGUGCUCAUUCUGGUAUGGUUUGAAAGAUCUCUUCACUCUACACAAGUUAGCGAAGAAAGUUGUCCUUGACCGUUAAAACUGAUGACGUCACAAAGGGUAGAAAGGACCUGGAUCUGCACGGGCGGUUACGGGCGGUUCAGGGGUGAAUGGGUUAAACUAAUUGUGCUCAAAACAUUUAGUUUUGUAAACAACCAUUAAUUUUUUGGGCAUACACUGUACAUUGUGGUUUUAAUAAGAUUAUCAUAACUUCUUGUUUUUUUUAUGUUUCUUUUUUAACAGUUGUUGUUGAUCCUGUACUUGGUAAAAUUCUUCGCCCUCACCAGAGAGAGGUAAUUAUAUAAGUGUUAAUGUUUUCCAUCUUUGUUGUACCUGUAACUUUUCUAAAAGUUGUUUUAAGAAUAUCAGGGCUCUCAUUACUUUUUGAAACCAUUCAUGGCACAGCUGUAGCAAAUGAAAAUUCACCUAUAACAUUUUACAAAAAAUUAUAGCAUCCUACCUUUAUCCUUCCCCUUUGGCCACCCAUAACAUCAAGUAGGCUCAGACAUAUAAAAAAUAACAGUCCUGUUGUUAUGGGUUAUGGGCCUUAAUGACAGCUCUAACUAUGACCAAUAGCACCUGAGUAGUACGGUGUAUUUAUUUUUAUUAAAAACUGAAUCAUUGGAUAAUCCAAUUCUAUCUAGCUCUUAUUGGCUUAGCCAUCAUGGUAUAUGAGCCAUUAUACUGUUUUGCUCUCCAAAUAUGGUAACUGUACACAUCUGCUCAAAAUUAAAAACAAGCUGAAAAUCAGUUGUUUUUAUAAGUCGGGAAGAAUUUUUGAUAUUUUGUUUAAAUACCUUUUUUUAAUAAAACAGUAUUAUUAUUCCAUUCGUGCUUGUUGGAUAUGAGAUGGUUAUAGCCAACUUGGUGCUACGAGCCUCGUUGGGUAUCUACCAUCUCAUAUCCAACGCGGACUCAUGAAUUAAAUAAAUACAAUUUGGUGGACAUUAUGCAUGCUAUGAUUGGUCAUUGCCCAUGAUCUAUUUAUAGUCAGUACAUGCAGACACAUGGAUGAUGUCACGGUAGAAUCAGUUUCUUUCUUUCGUCCAAUAUGGCGCAUUUUUUAUUGGUUUUGAAAAUCUGAAGUGCAAGUGAAGGCCUUGAGAAAUGUUUAGCAUGGGUUGUUUUGCAAGUAAACAGAAACCGAGAAACCAAGACCGAAAGAGAUUUUGGCGUUUAGAAUUGUCUAAACUAAAAAAAAAUUCACAAAAGUUGGCAUCUUGUGUCAUGCACUUUUGAAAAGUGUUUUUGCAAUUAUUCUGCUUUAACCCUUUAAGUCCCAAUAUACAAACACAAAUUCUCCAAACUGGUGUCCAUACAUUUCCUUAAAGAAUGAGUUAAGAGAAUUUGAUAAAAGAUCAAGGUGUUUUCUCUUUGGUGAUCAUAUUAUUAAUUCUCAUAACCUAAUGUCUUAACAAUGCAUGGAUAUUGUUAGGAGAAUAUUGAUGUUGGUCACCAUUGGGACUUAAAGGGUUAAGCAAGGGAAGCCCUUUAAACACUUUGGAAAGAAACUGUAUCUAAUAAGAUAAAGAAAAGAAAAAAAAAAAGAGAUGAAAAAAAUUAUUGUUAUUUUGUGGCUUGGAAAUGCCUAAACUGGCACAAAUCCUCGAACAGCCAAACAACACGCAGCAGGUUUGUCUUUUAUUUGUCUUUACUGUGAAUAUUUGUAUAAAGCAAAAAGAUUCCAUUUUGCCCUUGUGGGUCUGUUCAGUAAUGGGGCUAGAUCACAGAGGACAUCAAAAUAAUGGUAAAAACACCAGUGACACACUUGCCUGCGGCUCAUGUGCCACAUUUUUGUUUUUAGCACAUUUUGACAACAUCUGUGAUCUAUUAAUAAUAAUAAGUCUAGUUUAUUAAUAAAAUCGUCGCGCUUAGAAAUGAGCGAAUUGCAAAAUUAUUUUACCAAGAUAUAGAUAUUAAUUUUAAAAAAAAUUCAAUUUAAACUAAUUACAUCGUGUUCAAAAUGGACUGGGCCUCACAAUUAUGAGAAGAUAUAAUACAAUAAAUUAGAUAAAAAAAAGUAGAAACUAGAAAUAUAUAUCAAGUUAUACAUUGAAUUCCCAUAAGUUCCUAAAUUACGUGCCAUGAGCAUAAAGGCACAUCGCAGAAAAAAAGCUUUGUUUAAAGCGUUCAGUUUUGCAACCUAUAAGGGAUGGUCUGUUUGUUACGAAGGGAGUGGCCGUGCGCCUGUGACCGAGUCGAUGGAACAAGAUGGCGAAGAUGGGACUCAGGCUCUUUUAUCUUUGUAAAUAAUUUGCUACACAACUCCAUUCUUCUUGUGUGAAGUGAUACACACCCGGUAGUAGCUAAGGCCUGUUGGUAGUGCAGUGCAGCAAAGAUGAUGCACAGCGCUCGUUUCUGCACUUGCUCGAUGCUAUCUGAUAGUUUGACAGGGAGAGCAUUAUGCCACACACGACAACGGUAUUCGAGGACAGACCUAAUGAGCGCAAAAUAAACCUUAAGCAGGUCGGCAGGUGGUACUCUGCCGCAUUUGAGGACACGUAGAAUAUGCAGCCCCUUUGACGCCUGAACAGGUGCACAGUGAAAUGGAAUCUGUUUGUUAAACAUUUUCAGAUAGUGUGGUACUUCAAUGAUCUCUGACACACUCUUUUACUUCAGGGUGUGAAAUUUCUGUAUGACUGUGUGACUGGUGAGAGAAUCGAAGGCAGCUAUGGUUGCAUCAUGGCAGAUGAAAUGGUAAGAUUUCUAGCAAUGUUUCCAUUAAGUUGAACAUUUUAAUUAGUUGAGUAAAUAAUACAGUUAGUUUGUUUAUUAAUCCUUCAAGCCCCGGCCCACUGGUCAACAUGCAUAUUCUUAUAGUGGUUUCUUUUUCUUUUCCUAUAAUGGUACUAACAAUUUGCAUUGUUGUUUCCGUUGAUUGUUAUUUUUUUAUUGUCAUGUCUAAAAGUUUUGUUUUCAGGCAGUGAUUUUCUUGGGAGAAAAUUUUCAGUGGUUGGUUGCUGUGGAAAACUUUUGCAAAAUUAACAAUAAUAAUUAUUUUCAUUGCACCUUUCAGGGAUUAGGUAAAACCUUGCAGUGUAUCACAUUGAUAUGGACUCUACUGGUAAGAAUUAUGAAUUAAAUACACUUGGUUGAUUUUAUAGAUCACUUUUGUUCGGUUUAAUACAUCUUGUAUUAAGCGUCCUCUCUCUCUAAUAACUGCCCUCUCUUUUUAAGCCCAACCCCCCCCACCCCUUUCCUCUCUCUCCCUUGGUAUUAUUCCUCUUCUCGUAAUUCAUUUACUGGAAGUUCAGAUAUGGUUUUUGUCUUUGUUUGCAUGACUUGACCUUUUCCACUUUGUGCUCUAGUCCUUUAUGGUGAGCUGAUAACAUCAUCUUUGUUAAAAUUUGAAAGGCACUGCCAUUAAUUCUUUUAAGCCCUCCCCUCAAAUAUGUUUGAAUUGAAUAAGCUCCCUGGGGGCAGGGGGUUGGUGGGAGGGGGGGAGUGGGGAUGGGGCACUCUCUUAAUUCAAGUGAGGCACUAGGUAUUGGUGUUAUGUGAAACUUAUGUUCAUUUUAGCAGCAUGAGUUUGCUUUCUGCACAAGCACAGAGAAUGUGUUCUGUUUGGGAGCCACUAGCUGUUUCAGAGUUUUGUUUUAAGAUGCCUAUUUUGAGAGACCUUCAACCUCACAGGACAAUGACAAAAAUAAACCAGUAAAAAUAAAAAUAAAUAAUAAAUGAUAAAAACAGAUGAUUGAAUUUACUAGUCUUUUGUUUUUAGCAGGCCUGACGGAAUUAUGCGCAGAUUUUUCAGAAAUUAUGCGGAAUUUUUUCCCAAAUUAUGCGGUAAAAAUCGCAAAUUAUGCGGGAAUUAUGCGGAUUGCGCAAUAUCUUUUAUAAUAAAGUUCCAAUGUAACAAGCGUUCUCAUUGGUUUAAACAGCGUGCUUUAUCAGAGUCCAGAGCACGCAUUUCGUAAAUAAGAUUGCGCGCGUGUUUGCUUUGAAAAUAAAGGCCAAAUUAUGAAGAAAUGAUAGUUUCUUUAUCAUAAAACAAAUAAAGAAGCCUCACCCGUGCUCUGUUCUGUUAUAAAGCACGCAGGAAGCGGCGAUAGCACUCAAGAAGUAGGGAGAAACACUCGCCUGCGUCUCGUGUCUCCGCGUGUUUUAUAACAGAACAGAGCACGGGUGAGGCUUCUUUAUUUGUUAAUUUUAACCGAAGCACUUCCAAAAAGGUCCCCACACACGGGGGGGGGGGGGGGGGGGAUUUUUUUAGAUGUGGACAAGUGUUGUAAGGAGCUUAAGCGGUAACCAAGCAAAAGUAGUAUACUAACGCCACAAUAAUUAUUAUUUAUUUUUCAGAGUUCAUGACACGAAAGUGACAUUUUUACAUCGUAGCAUACGUCGCGCUACGUAAUUUCAAUGUCAUUACCUAACGUCUUCAAAAAGGAUGCGACCUGGAAUCGAUCCAAAUGAGUUUUAUUGAAGUGACAGAAGUGAUGCCAGAACUUCAACAAAUGUUUCUGCCACUUGUUCACUCAUUACGUUAACUAAGAGCAAACUUUUUGUAACUUCAAUUUGAAUCAAAAGAAACAUCGCCACUUAACUUGUAAUUCCCUAAACAGUGACAUGAUUUAAUCAAAAUUGCUCUAUUCUAGCAUAGGGCGCAGCCAAAAACGCGACAAAAACAGGCUUUAAAUCUGACGUGAUCUAAAAUGAUAUGCGUCUAUGCUAAGCAGUUCGAAGUGAUAAUUUUCACAAUGGAAAUGAUAUGCUUCAUGUAUACACGGAAAUGUUCCUUGGGCUUAUGUAUCGUUAAUUCUUCUUUCUAUUUUUCUUAAAACACUGAUAAAUAGCUUCUACAUCAUGCAACUGAGGAAACUGAAACGGACCAGAUCCUUGGAUCUCGAGCGGACCAAGGAGAAGCCUGGAGGGAGAGCAGUAGUCGAUAUCAUCUCGCUUUGGCCAGUUAAAUAAUCUCGCUCCGAUAGAGUACAGGAACUUCAUCUUGGUGUUACUGUUGACCUCGAGAACUCGACCAAUGUAGUACAACUUGUGGUACUCUACAGCAUAAUACUCCCCUUCUUGGGGUGUCUGCAUCCUGUCCACACAUUUCUUCAUGUCAAGCUCUAGCACCAUUUGACUUCGAAAGGCGGGGAUACUGUCACUGCUGAUUACACUUUCUGACAGACCUACAAGGCAUCUGGCGUACAUGCAUACGUACACACCGCAAUCGAAGGAGUUCUGCUGUUGGGGUACCUCGUGUUGUUGACCGCUGAAGAAGCUCCAUUGCUUAAUUUCUUUACCCAGUGAAGGUGACAGUUCUUCCAGCAAGCUCCACAUUUUACACACUGCUCUUUCAUGGGUUGGCUUCACACCAGAACCUUGUAACAAACUGUCCAAAACAAUUAUUUCCUUCUGCUUUGGUAUUACUACAAGAAGAAACCAGUGCCUGCUAGUCCUGGAUUGCAGGGAACAAGGACAUAGUCUUGCUUCAUUAGGUCUUUGCCUUUCACCACAUCUGCGGCAGGUCGGCUGGCAACUCCUUUUUCAAAAGUUUCCCAUUCAAGAGUUUCAACUUCAAGUGUAGUUGUUUCAGCAACCAGCUUAAGAUAGGAGUCGAUAACGAAAUUACUUAAGUAAUUGGCUUCAUCCUUUGAUGGCCACCUUUAAGACCAACUAGAUCUGCAGUUGACACAAAUUGACUGCCUUUGAAUGUAACUGAACCAUCAACUAUGGCCUCGAGAACUGCGUUAUUGUGAACAGGAAAUACACAGACUUCUGUUUUCUCUAACUUUUCUAGCGUGUUCUUGCCAAGACCAUUCUUUACUUGGGGCUGAGUUGGCGGUGUUUUAACAUUCUGUAUUGGGAUUGAAGAGCUACGUUGUUGGCUUGAUGGGGCUUUGGCUGAUUUCGUAACGUGAGUGCCAUCUUUGGAUAGGCUUGAGCGGAAACGUUUCCCCUGGUCUUUUUUGUCGGCUUUCAGUUUCCGCUUGGACGAAGCGCUUGGCUUGGUAGCUUUUGUACCUGGUACUUUAGUUGUUGGAACAAGAGGCAUUGGCUUCAAAGUAGGAUGGAAAAAGCUGGAAAUGGGGGGCGAUUUGAGAGCAGACCCGGCAGGCAUGGUGCCCGCACUGCUUGAACACAUCGGAACAGAGCCCGUGGACGUCUGAACAGGAGGUGAAGACAUCGGAGAAGAAGCCGUAGACGUCUGAACAGAGCCCGCGGACAUCGGAAGAGAGCUCACGGACGCGGACAUCGGAACAGAGCCCGUGUGCAUCGGAGCAGAACCAGUGGACAUGGGAACUAUAAGAUGAGGAAAAGAACAAAAUUGCCUAAAGAGCAGCAAUAAAACAUAUACACAUAUUUUUUUUUAUCAUUUUAAUGUUCAAUGCCAUGAUGAAUUAUUUAUUGUGAUAUAAUAUUUUGUUCAUCAGUCUUCGUGAAUAAUGCACUUAUCAGCGGCCAUCCCGGGGGGGAUGACCCCGGGGAACCCCCGGGCAUUUGCACAACAACGUUUACAAAUCCCCCUACCCAAAGGCAAGAUUUUUUAACAAAACGCUACUAAUGUCCCUCCCCUGGGGGGUAAAGAAGUGUGCUCUGCCAAGUUAAAAGGUGCAUAUGAUCUCAAAGACAAAAAAAUUAUAUUUGCUAUAAUUAUACCUAUAAGAGUUAAUAAAAUACAACCAAAGAAAACGAUUACAAGAGAAAUGCGAAAUGGCCGCUGAUUAGUGCAUAAGUUAAUUUCUCGUAGCUUGUGCGCUUUGCCUGAGACUAGAACUUACACGAAAACAUUGUUCUACCUUGGUCUGUGGAUUUUGAAUGGAGUUCCAUGGGAUCUGUCCACUUUGAAGCAGGCGCUGAUGGGGCUGUUUCAUUGAUAGCUGCCGACUUUGCCUGUAAGUUCCAGUUCAGGAAGUGAUAUGCCCUGAUGGUUUCAGGGGUCAUCGACAUCCGCUUGUCAUCGAGAACGCUGUUGUACAUGGAAAAGGAUCGCUCUACAUCAUACGAACCAAGAGUUGCAGUGCAGUACCGCGAUGCAAUUUCGUAGAGGCUUGGAAGUGCGCCGGCAUUGGAUUUCCAAAAAAACGCAAGGUCGAGAUCUCCACUAAAGCUUCCUUUGACGGCUGCUGGGCCAAGGACAUUCACGUACAGAUCAAUCUCGCUCUUUGGAACGUCUGCUAUCCCGGGGAUGCUGCUUUCUGACAGGCGACCCAUGUCACACCUGAUGAGAUUUCUAGGAUCAAGUACCCUGAUAUCUUCUAGAAAGGCGCUGCCUGGCUGUCCACCCUCAACCACAUAUUUGUUCAGCUUCUUGUGCGCAUCUGAGAAUGCUGACUGAACAAUUUCCAAAACGUCCGCUUUGUCUUCGCUUUCAAACCUAGUGGAAAGACAAGAGUAAAAAAAAAUAAUAUACCCGCCCUUGCCCAUUAAAAAUUCGCGCCUUUUUAGUCCAAAAUGAGCCUAAAAUAUAAUGCGCAUUGUUUAAGGAACAUUUCGCUUUUUUAUUGUUGGGUUUAUUAACAAUAUUUGCUCUCUAAAUUUAUCCCCACUUUGGGGGUAACCAUACACUACAGGCGCUCCAAGGUGUAAAGGGAAUGAGACCGUAAACCAGCAUUGGACUGCUAAAUACUUCUAGGCCCAGCUACAUGAGCAAGAGCAACAAAUGUUAUCCCAAUAAUAUUUACCUCGCGACAGAAAAAAAACGCUAUUUUGCUAGCAAAAGUAUCUAGCACGCUUAUCACUAUUUGCAUAGGAAACUAUUGCGCAAGGUUACGCUUUGUCAAAAUGGCUCAUUGUUGUACAUUGUAUAAAAUAGCUUCCCGUGCGAGAGCAGACGCAGAACUCACUGUUUUCGCCAAUAUUCUGAUUGGCUGCAGUUAGUUCUACAGCUUGGUAAAGAUUUUAGACAUAUAGUUUACCUCCAAUCUCCUUCAAAACAAAACCCAAUGUCUUCUUCGUUCAUCAAUGAGCUACUGUGAAGAUAACAGAGGAGGCUUUCCAUCUUGUUUUUCGCUUGUGUCACGUGUGGGAUUCGCUGUUGGAAAUAAUCUAGCAGAAUCAUCAACUGUGGCCCCAUUCUUGAUAUUAUCAUAAGCUGCGCAUGUAGACUCUUCAUGAAUGAGCUGUCGUCAUACAUUUCUUCAAGCCGCAACAGCGAGUUACUUGCUGCAUCUCGUCCACAGCGCUCGAUUUCUGAUCGAACAAACUCCCCACAGAUGGAGUAAUACUUGGCGUGAUAAUCGGCCGAUUCAAACCAUGCAGACCAGCUCUUCGUUGUUGGGUUGGGCGGCAUGACUGGUUUUCCUUCAAGACUUGCAGCGCGUUUCAGAAAGUUCAAGAAACGACUUUUACGUCCACUCGGAAUAUAGAACAGGUUCCUGAAACACUUGAUGAAUUCCGAUGCAGUUUUAAAGUGUUUCUUGAAAUCAGCCGCUGCCAGGUUGAUAAUGUGGCUGUGGCAGGUUAUAUAAAAACAACACGGAAAUAAAGCAGACAAUGUCUCAUUGAACGCCUUUUUCAUGUAGCUUGCGUUGUCGGAGUUAAAGAUCAAGACACAGUCAAAGUCGAUGCCAUAUUCGACCAGUGUCUUAACAACUGCUUGGGAAACAGUUUUGUUGUUCGUUUCUCGUAGAAAAUGCGUGUCUAUCAAGUACGCAACAUUUUUGCCACUUGGCGAUAGCUCAUCGAAAUCAAGCAAAGUUACCAUUAUAUCCAACACAUACCGCCCAUCAUCAUCACUGAGCUCAUCUACCAUCACUGCAACAUUUUUUUUACUUAUUUUGUCCUUAAGUUCCUGUUUUUCACACUCAUACACAUCAAAAAGAUACUCACGCAGCUGCGUUCUCUUCGGGAUUGCCCCGCCAUUAACCACUCGGGAUUUCAAAAAUUCUCGGAGCACGGGGUGGUCAGACUUGCCAAGGGGGAUGUUAGUGGCCGUGCACACCUUGAUCCAAUCAUGGCAGACUUUGAUCCUCUCUUCUUGUGCCGAAUUGCUGCACUUGAACGAAGUUUUUAGAGUCUUUUGUUUUCCACGACUUGUACCGGGCAGAUUAAGACGUUUUUGGUGUGAAGCAGCUUCAAGGUGCCUGUCAAGAACCGAUUUUCGAGAGUGCUCAAGCACAACAUUGCACACGGUGCAAAACAGUAAUCCGCUUUCCUCGUGAAAGGUUCCGGCUGAGUAUUGCUUAACUCGAUCUUUAGCUGUUAUUUUUGUUGCUUCGUGGCUCUUUGUUUUUUUCUCACUCUCUUUCAAUUUAGUAAACCAGUUUUCCAUGCUCUUCAUGGCGGUCAGAAAGCAGAAAGGAAUUCGCUUUUCCCGCGCAAUCGAUAAGAAUUUCUAUGCAAAAAAAUGAUUGGUUCUCUUCUACCAAUGAAAUGGCUCGUCAUAUCUUUACUAGUUACAAGCCCCAAACGGCCGUACAUAGAAGGCCUGUUCAAUUUUUGAAGUGAAUAUCGUUCUAUCCGAGGACUUCUGAAAGCGAAUUCUAGAAAAAAAAAACCUCACAUUUCUUAUUUGUUUUACAAUGAAAACAAGGUAGGAAGUCCUUAAAAAGGAGAUAUGACACUUAAUUUAUAUUUUUUUCGAUAUUUUCCAAGAUUAUGCGGUAUUAUGCGGGAUUUUCAAGAUUAUGCGGGAUUGCCCCCAAAAAGCCAAAUUAUGCGGCCCCGCAUCCGCGCAUAAUUCCGUCAGGCCUGUUUUAGGGAAAAAUCUUACAGAGUGAAGUAACACUUUUUUUAGAGGAAUUAGAUUCAAGUCCUGAAUACUACUGUUUAUUUUUUCCUCCUUAUGGGUUUUAAAGAGAUAUUUAUUUUUUAUUCAUUCAUUUAUUUAUUUUUUACAGAAACAAGGACCAAAUGGUAAGAAAACUAGUGCUUAAGUACGUGUACUUUUUAACAUGAGCACACGAUAAACUGCAAGGAAAUCAUUAUGGAUUAUCACGUCACUUGAGGAUUUGGAUCAAUGCUUGAUUAAAAUCAAUGAGCGGCACACCACUACUUUUAAGUAAAAUAAAAUAUUCAAUGUUAUUGAUUUCUUCCUUUUAGGGCAGCCAAUAACAAACAAAGUGAUUAUUGUUGCACCUUCAAGUCUUGUUAAGGUAACGUUACUGUAAGUCACAUAGUAACUGGAUUUGGCAGUGUUCUCCCUAAAUUUUAGCCCAGCAGGUAAGGGACCAUUCAUGGCUAGUAAGACAAAAAAUAUGUCCCAGAGGUGCACUUUCCUGAGGGAGGCGGGUGGGUAGGGGGUAAUGGAGUGAGGGACAUCGCCCCACCCAAGUAGGAGCUAAGUUCUUUGAAAAGUCAUUCGAUCAUUUGACCUGUUUUACGCAAAUCGGCCGUUGUUAUCUUUCAACAGCUAUUUUGAACGUUUGAUUCCAAUAAUUUUACUCUGUCUUCAGUGUUCUCUUUCCAAAGUGGGUGGCCCAUAAAAAGAAAAGCUGUGUAUACUUUAGUACUUUUCCUUAUAUUCAUUCAUUUCCUUGAUCGGAUCGGAUCACAACUUGCGUAUUUUUUAAAACUACUUAUUUAAUUUUAAUAAACCUUCAAGUGGUUGCAGGCAGUAAGAAGUGUUGCUUCUGGCGAUAAAUUUGACUGCUUACCACCUGAUGAGGAGAACACUGUUUGCAACAUAGUUUACUGAUCUUUCACGUCAAGGCUUUAUUGUUGUUGUUAUUGUUUGUUUUAUGCAACCUCAUAUAGAACUGGCAUAAUGAACUGCACAAAUGGCUUUCUGGGAGAAUCUCUGCCUUGGCCAUUGACUCUGGAUCAAAAGAUGAAAUUGACAAAAAACUUGGUAUGUUACAUGACGUGACCUUUUAGAAUUACUUAUAGAAGCUUGUUACUUCUCCUUGGCAGCUUUGACUUUCUGCAUGAAGUCCAGGGUGCAAAGAAAGUCAGUUUUACAGCUUGUCAUUCGGGCUAACAUGUACUAGCCCAAAGUCAUUUCAACGUUAGCCCGAAAAAAAUAUUUGAUGAAAAAAAAGGCAAGUUAAGAAUAGAAAUCACUAGAACGGGGAUAUUGGACCCUACGUUCUUUAUACGCUGAAGUCUUCUCCGAAUGAGCGCCUCUCCUGGACGGCCAGACUUCUCAAUAGACCAAUUUCAAUAUGAAUUAUUCAUACUUGACUGCUUGGGGGAAUAACACAGAAGAAAUCUCUUGAGGCUCAGCAAUGAACAAUGCACUUCUUUUGUUUUAUUCCCCCAAGCCUCGGAGCCAAGUAUGAAUUUUAAUCUGUCGAAAUAUUGGUCUAUUGCCUAUUUUAUGUUAAACAUUGUUUAAAUUGUAUUAUGAGUUUAGUUUUACCUGUGAUUUAUUGAAAAGAUAAUUAAUAAGAAUAUAUACUGUAAAUAAAACGCUUGGUGUGUCAAUCACAUUUUUUUUUUCUCUCCUUCUUUUUCCGUGCUCUCCCUUCAUCAGUCACUGUGGUGUUUUUUCUAAAUUUUAGGAAUGUUUAUGUCUCAGCAAGAAAGACGUACAACUUAUCCAGUGUUAAUAAUCUCGUAUGAAACCUUUCGUCUUCAUGCGUUCGUGCUACAUACUGGACCUGUAGGAUUGGUCAUCUGUGACGAGGUGGGACGAGUUUACAGAAAUUUUAUUUGUUUAUUUCCUGUUUAUUAUAUAGACACGAGUGUUUUACUGGAAAAUAUACUACUCGUAUAAAAAUUCAUAAAAACUACAUCCGGGACCCGAGUGGUUUGUUUUCCAUAAUCUCACACGUGAGUUUAUCGAUGACGUAAUUUUGGUAACUUCCCUCUAUUACUUUAUCGAUGUCUUUUUGUCUAUAUAACAAAAACAAUAUUUUACUCACUCGCUGCGCUCGUUCGUAAAAUGUUGUUUUGCCACUCGAAAAUAAAAUUCAUAUCUUCGCGCCACCGUGUAAUAUCCCCUAUUUAUUUACUUACAGUCCAACCUCCAUGUGCGACCACCUUCCAAUAAGCGGCCACUUAUCCAAAACACGAAAAUUUUCCCAGUCAAAGCUUUACAGUUGAACCUUUAGUUUCGUAAACGACCACCUCUCAUAAGCGACUGCUACCACUUUUAAGGAUGACGGUUUUAGAAUUUCCCUUCGCUUUGUGUCUCUUCUAAGCGAUUACUUGAUAUAAUGGUCUAGGCUCAGUUGUUCAAGAGGUGGAUGGCGCUAUCCAUCUUUUGAAUAACCGAGGCCUGAUCUUUGUGCUUGCUGUAUGCACUACGCUACUUACAAGAUCAAUGAGAAGAACUUUUAGAAACAACAUGGAUUUACAUUGUAACCCAAAAAUUGCAUGUACUUGUAAUACAUUCACUCCAAAAAGGAGAAGGAGUUCUCCUCCUGAAAACACGUUCUACAGUCCGACUCACUGUAAGCGACUUUCUCCAGUAAGCGACCGCUAACUCUUCCUAUUUCUGGUGGUCAUUUACGGGAAGUUCGACUGUAUAUAUCUCUUAUGUAUGUUUGGGAGACCUGUUUCAAACGUCGUGCUACUGCUGUGCUAAGCUGGCUCGACUGCAGCACGAGCUACAGUGGUUUCAGACGUAAAAUGUAAUUCAGUCAAAUAGAACGGCUGUUGCCGAAAGCAAAACACGAAAAUUAAGAAACGGUUUAGCAGACUUUUAAAUGUAUUCUAAUGUAUUUAUAAUUUAUGAAUUGAGUUCGGCACGGCAGUAGCAUGGCUUAAUUUCAAACUUCGCGCUACUGCCGUGCUAAAGUCGAAUUUAAUUCGAUCAAUUUAAUUCGUCACGGCAGUAGCACAACGUUUGAAACGGGCCUGAGUGUGAUGAAUUAUUCUUGCUCGGUUUUUGUCCCUCUGUAGGGUCACAGACUGAAAAAUUUAGAAAGCCAAACCUAUUUAGCCCUCGAUAAACUGAAGACUACACGAAGAGUGCUGUUAUCAGGUUGGUCUGGAUGAGAGAAUGAACAUUUCUACUUGUUCCUCUUAUCACGUAUUUUCCGUUACGACUUCUUUUACCUUUGUUCUCUUCUUACUUGUCUUCCUCCUUCUUCUUUUGAUCAUAAUCUUUUCCUACUGCCUCUUUGCUCUUCUUUUCUUUUUGUCUGUCACUUCUCCUUCUCUUUGUCCUUCGAACCGUUCUUUACUCCUGAUCCGUCUUCAAUAUUUCCUUUUGUUUUUCCUUCUUCAUCAGUCAUCUUCCCACCGCCGUACCCGCUCUUUCCCGCUUUUACUUAGGGAAUGUUAAUAUGUUACCGGAAUGACUUUCGUUCCGGUAUAAGUUUCGUUCCAAGCUAAAGUUCGUACUGCGGUAACAUUAUUAAAUCGAACGGCUCUGCCUAGGGUGUUCUCGCUUGCGUAGUUUUCGCGCCAGAUCAGAUGCGCAUGCACCACUCGUCCCAGGCUACGUGAUUUGCGAUUUUUUGGCCGGAACGAAGUUCGUUUUUUAAUUUUAGAAUGAAAUUUCGUAACACAACGAGAUUUUUAUUCGGGAUGAAAACCGGAAAGAACUUAUUCCGGAUAGAUUAUUGCGGGAACGAAAGUCAUACCGGUAUCAUGUGAAUAGCUCCUCAUUUACCAUCCAGCGGUGUGUCUCCCCACCCUCCCCUACCCCUCGCUAUUAGCUGGACUUUUUUUACUUCUAAAUAAACCCAUUGCUCUAUUGUGCAGGUACUCCGAUUCAGAAUGACUUGCUGGAAUACUUUAGUCUGGUUCAUUUUGUGAAUGGUGGAAUUUUAGGUACGUUAAGCCUAGGCCAAACGUCGAACUUUUCGAGAGACGAACCAAACUUUGUGAGUUAAGUCCAUGAAAAGUUCGACGUCUGGCUCAGUUAAGUUCGUCUGAACAACAGCAACGACAAACUUCAUUAAUAAACAGAUAGUAUUACAGAAGCAUUGCCCACAGCUAGUAAGGCUAUUCGAGGCGGGACAAUGCGUGCAAAAUAUGAAAUUAAGAUCAAGGCAAACUAAGGAAAGUUUACAGUUUACAAAAAAAUGAAAUAAAAAUCGUAAUAUGGAUGAGGACUAGAUAACAUGUCGUCAGUGAUUUUCUUCAACUGAGUCUUCAGAUCUUGACUUUCUUUUCGUAACGCUUGGUUUUCUUUCCUUAGUUUCUCAGUUCCGGUCAUAGUUGAGAAAUAUUUAAAAGAUGUACUAGAAAUUUAGCGAGAAACCCGGAGUGAUCGAGAACACGUGACCUGACUAAUACGCUUUUGGUACUAGUCCCAUCAUCAACAACACUUUGUAUUCGUCUGCUUCAGACGGAUACAACAUCUGAAGAUCGUCUCCGGGACAAACGUCGAUCCUCACAUGCGACGAACUAAACUAAUAAAUUUAAAAAAAUGUAUGAUAAUUUAUAUUUAGCCUCAUUUGGAUGAAAAUUUGGAAAUUUAUUACUGAUCUGAUUCAGUUGAUUGGUUCGACGUGUCCUAAGUUCGACGUCUGACCCAACAGACGAUCUUAACUUAAUUUAGGUCGACUCAAAUUAGAGUUUAGUUCGUCUCAUGAAACGUUUGACCUUUGGCCUAGGCCUUAGAAAUUAAAUGUAUAGUGAAACUUGUAUUAAGCGGACAGUGCCAAACUCCCCAAAUUUAUUUCCCUUAUUUACUGUCAAAGAAACCUUUAUAAAGCGGACAGCUCUAUUAAGCGGACGCGGACACCUAAAAAUUUGAUGCAAUGGUGAUUUUUAUUAGUUUUUUUGUUUUAUUUUGUUUUGUUGUUGUUGUUGUUGUUGUUAUUGUUGUUACAAACCUGGCUCCGGUUGUUCAAACGUUGCAUGGCGCUAUCCAUUGGAUAAAUCGCUUUCCAGUGAAUAAGUAUUAGCAGGGUGCAAAGAAAAUCAUUUUUACAGCUUGCCAUUCGGGCAAGCUGAAGCUAGCAUUUACUAGCCCAGACGUCAUUUCAACUAGCCCCAAAAUCUUUUUGACCAGCAGAAUUGAUUUCACAGCUCUUCUGUUAUUCAAAUUGCUCAAAAAAUAUCACUUGCCCGUCGGGCAAGUUAAAAACAGAAUUCACUAGCCCGAUAGCAAAAUCCACUAGCCCCGGGCUAUCGGACAUUACUUUCUUUGCACGCUGAUUAGGGAAAUCAAAUGCGUUAUCCACUGGAUAAAGAUUUAUCUAGUGGAUGACGUUAUCCACGUCACCUUUUGAACAACUGGGCCCUGUAUUAAAUGAACACUUCUCAUUAGAUUCCAGUACCCAACAUGCCAGACACUAGAAAUGCUAAAGAUUUCUUCCCACAAAUUUGUCGAUUUUACGAUCCAAAAGACUUGGCAAUAGAUGUCUUAAUUUGAGUCAACAUUGUCGAAUACACAAGGAGAAAAGAAAGCGAAAUGCAUACACGUCCAGGAAACCUUGACAGCUAGUAUGCAAUAAACUCUUCGUUAGUCAAUUUAUCUUAUCAGUCAGCCGUAUUCCAAGCCUUAAUUACCCGUUGGUUAGUUUUAAAGUACUGUAUUAGUUUUGAUUUCGUUUUUUUUUUAGAGUCAGCUUGUUUUACUCAUCUGAUCACGUAAAAUUUGAGGUGCAAUCUAAGUUUACAUUGUUUUGAUACAUGUGCGAUAAAGCCCUUUCUUUCUAACCACAAAUGUGUGAAUGUGGGAUUUGCAUUAUAUUGCUUGCAGGGACCGUUUCUGAGUUCAAGAAAAAAUUUGAAACUCCCAUUUUAAGAGGGAGAGAUGCUGAUGCCUCUGAUGCAGAUCAUAAGAAAGGAGCUGAAAAACUGGCAGAGGUAGCGUUGUUACAUCGUGGCUGAAAGUUUUAAGAUUAUACGUUUCCGUUUGCAGCCCCUUCUGAAUUUAAGAGUGCUUUCCAUUUUACCAAACCAAACAGUCAUAAACCAGUGGAAUUAGACAGCUUUAGAUUCUAAGACGAAGACGACUACGAGAGCGAGAUUUUCUUAAUACUAAGUAGUGCACGCGCGCAAACCAACGUCAUUUUGGCGGGAAAAUGUGGUAGCCGUCGUCAGUUUACGAGUUUUAGCGAGAAUGUUGUAGUGGCGGAAACAAGUUAUCAAAUGUUAGAAUUUUUAUCAUUUAGCGAUCGGGAGAGGGCUUAACCUCCUUCAACGGAAAUAAGCGUGCUAACUUUGGUGGUGAAAAAAAGUAGAAAAAAGCUUUCCGGGGUGUUUUUUUUUUUGAGAGAAUAGGCGAGAAAACUUAAAAUUAAAUGUCGUCCUCGUCCUGGAAUCUAAAGUGCUCCAUUAUCAAGAAAAUGGAACGAUAUUGUUCGACUGAAACAAAGUUUUCAAUUGAAUCGAAGCGAUCCAUCUGCGUUUCGACGGAAAUUUUGUUUACUAAUUAGCGAAGCAGUACUGGAAACGAGAAUUUUUGGAAAUGGAACAGUAAGUUUCGGUUGCCGAACGGACCGACCGGUUACCACCUCUGGAGUGGUCGACCACUUUGACCGGAGAAUUUCCACACGGAUCAAAGCGUUCCAUUUAUUUCUCGACCGAAAUUUCCGAAUUUUUAGGGUAAUGGAAAGGACCCAAAAACCUCCGAAAUUCGAGAACAAGAAAACCCCCCAUAAAGAUACGGUAAAAUAAUUGACAAAAACGUGCAACUUGUUUUGCGAUUUUGCACGUUUAACCACCACAGCAGUUUGAAUGAACAAAAGUCCCAAUCUUGUCCGGCCCGCACCUCAUGAAUAUUCUACCUGAAGUGUGUGAUUUUCUAGCAAAAAAAGGCCGCACAUGCUUGCAGGGUUCGCACGCACCUUGAAAGUGCUUGAAAGUCCUUGAAAUUUGAAAUAAAAAGUUCAAGGCCUUGAAAGUCCUUGAAAAUUGUAGUCGGUGCUGGAAAGUCCUUGAAUUUCGGUGCUAACUUUAUCCAACCCAGAUUCUCAAGUACCUAAUAUGAAAGACCUUCAGGAUAAAAUUGCUCAUGUUGUGGUAGAACUAAAAAAGACAUAGACAAUCUCUUUUUUGCACUGAAUGGAGUCCUUGAAAAAUGCGAAAUGUGUCCUUGCAAGUCCUUGUAAAGUCCUUGAAGUUUUUAUUCAAAAAAGGGUACGAACCCUGUGCUUGUCGUAGCAUGAGCGAGAAAUUUCAGUGCUGGAAGAGUUCAGGACGAAGGAGUUUGAAUUCAGUUAUAGCGUGUUUUGCCUUACUGUCUAAUGUAAUCAGUUAUCGAGAAAAACAAAAAGUUUAACUUACAUAUACGGCUCCGCAUUUAGGCUUGGCUAAAUUUAGUUUUAACUUACUUCUCUUGAAACAGCUGGCAUCUUUAGUGAACAAGUGCAUCAUUAGAAGAACCGGUAGGUGACAUAGGGCCUAUUUUUUUACGUUUACUGUUUCAGGAUUGUUUUAGCAAGUUCGAAAUCCCCGGGGAAGGAAGGUACUCAUCGGAGUUUUAUACGGGGACGGGCACCGCCCUGAGGUCCAUCCCCGCCCUUUUAUAUACCAUUUUUGACAGAAAAGGUCCCCCUUUUGUAUACCUUCUUCUGACAGAUGGUACCCAUUUCACCUACCUGCUUUAGAACACUAUAUCCCUUUUAAGUGCGUUGAGUCUUCGGUCUUAAAAUAUGAACAAAUCGCUAAACUAGACAGUUUUCUUGUCUGUUUCACAUCCGUAAAAUUAAUGCGUCUGUUAGCCCCUUUUGGACCUUUUAAAGAGUGGAAUGACAGAUUUCCCAACCCUUUCAUAUACUUCGACUAAUGAAAUACGUACCCUUUUAUAAUUAUACCUGAAGCCUGAAAAAAAGUGCCCCUUUAGGGCGGAGUCUUACUGUAUAGGCCAUUAUAGAGAGAACCCCCCGGGUUCGAAACUCAAGGAGCAGCCUGAGUUUUACAAAGACAAACUGCGAUUUUAAUCAAUGAUAGAAGGAAAUAAGAAAAGUGCUUUUUAUCUUGUCUAGUCCCUGUUCUGCGUUUUCCCAGUCCCUCUCGGUCAAUUCACUUCGGUGACGUAUCCGAGGCGAACGGGCGGGUAACGGCCUCACAUCUUCGCUUGGACCACUUGACCUGAAAUGCUUUGGCCGCGCGGAACAAUGAGGCAUAGGGACUAGGUAACUUUUUAUCCUCACGCAACGCAAAGUGGGAAGAAUGUUGCGUGCGACACAAAGAACGGCUCUGUAGCAGACUAUAUCAUGCAUCUGUGGCUUGAACUAGUCAUCUUCUGACUAACAAACCUGAGGGCGAAAGUUAGCUGAUUAUACCCCUCACUCUAUUAGUGCUCUGAUUUAUGGGCACAGCCAAGCCCCUGCUUUACAGACACCCGCUUAAUACGGACACCUAGUUAUUACGGACACUUUUUAUGGCCCCUUCAGUGUCAAGAACAGGAAAAAACCCGUUUUUUAAUUUAUUUGUCGAGAUUUCUGGACGGAUUUGAACGGUUGUCGGUAGAGGCUACUUUUCGCUCAACAGCUCAUACAGCGAAAAUGUAGCCUCUGCUCGCAGGGUACCCAGACCGUGGACCGACCGGUUUGCCCGUUUGUAAAUAAUAAACAACGAAGAACUUUAACUCACACCUGGAAAUCGAACUCGGGACCCGCAGAGAAGACCACGCUUUGACCAACUGUACCAGUCCUUUGAAACAGCGACUGCAUCUUCUUCUUUAUAAAUAAAACCGGCUGAUAUACUCUCCAGCAAAUUAGGUUAUUCGUAACAUAACAAAAUAAACAUAAGGGCAUAAGAAGGUGGUUAUGUCCUUAUAUUUGUAGUGUGAACGCACUUGUUGACAUAACGACAUUAUAACAACAUAAUGCAGGAGCCUUUAACCCGGAGCGUCUAACUUCCAUACUGCGCCUAUGCAACGGCGUUUUCACAAGUAGGUCUAUUUUUAGAUAAGCCUUUGCCGCGAAUUGCUUUCGAAAGGCCAAUCACUAGCAAUUGCGUCAUCAAUGAUAAACUUUUAAUACAUGAGCAUGGCGGACACACGUGAGGAAUCUUCAGAGAAGUCUUCUGACAGUACUUCAAGCGACAAUUUCAGUAUUUACACGGAAACUAGCAGUUCAGAGCAAGAUUUGCAAAACCUAGCCAGGACGUCCAUGUUCGUAAUAGCCGACUGUGAAAAGGUCCAAGCGAGCUACUAACAGUCUAAACGACGAUCAAAUGGAGGAAUUGACCUCGUGGAAUAGUUAUUUUUCGCGGGAAAAGCUUAUCUAAAAAUAAACUCACUUGUAAAAACGCCGUUGCACGAAUUUAUGGCAGUUGAACGCUCCGGGUUAUGGGCUCCUGCAUAAUGACAUUAGGAAAAAAUGAUCUUUUCUUUAUGUCGUUCUGUCGCCCUCUAUUUUUUCAAUCACGGUAAUGUCGUUAUGUUGAUGUUCACAUUAGCGACAUAAACUUCUUAAGUUAUUAUGUUGUUAUGUCAUUAUGUCGCAAGUGCAAACCAGGCUUACGUUUAUUGAGUCCGUGGAUUUCUAAUUAUGUUUGUGUGAUUUUUGCUUCCCAGCUACAAUUCUGUCGAAGUAUUUGCCUGUGAAAGGUUAGUUUAAUAAAUUCUUAAGUUUUUCUAUGCCAAUUUUCCACACUUCCCCUUAUCCCAGUUCAUACUGUAACAACUUAAUUUCCUUGUAUUUGCGGGAGGAAAGGAUGCCACCCCUUGUGCAACUUAUUUCAUCUGUUUUUGACAUUCAUUAUCAUCAUCAUCAUCAUCAGUAUCAUCAUCAUCAUCAUCAUCAUCAUCAUCAUCAUCGUCAUCGUCAUCGUCAUCAUCAUCUUCAUCAUCAUCAUCAUCGUCAUCAUCAUCAUCAUCGUCAUCAUCAUCACAAUCAUCAUCAUCUUCGUCAUCAUCAUCAUCAUCUUCGUCAUCAUCAUCAUCAUCUUCGUCAUCAUCAUCAUCAUCUUCGUCAUCGUCAUCAUCAUAAUCGUCAUUAUCAUCAUCAUCAUAGCAGCAGCAGCAGCGACAUCGUCAUCGUCAUCUUAUGUGCGAAACCGUCUCGAUUGUCACCAUGUUUACAUUUCAAACUCUAAAGUACAGAACCCUCAAUUGAAACUCAAAUUUAGUAACGUGUGAUGUUUUUCUAAUCCAGUGGAACAGGUUGUGUGUUGUCGCUUGACGCCUCUGCAGAUACAGCUCUACAAACUUUUCAUUCAGUCCAAAGCGUUAAGAAUGGAACUUGUCAAAUCCAAGUCAGGUUCAGGCAUUUCUGCGUCAUCUCUGGCUUUCAUUACUCAGCUAAAGAAACUUGCUAAUCGUAAGUAAAAAUGUUACCUGUAACCUUUUUUUGUGUUGCAUUUGGACUGAGCUCAGACGUUGGUUUAAAAACAUUUGUUAUUUUUACUUUUAUUAUUUUUUGUAAUCCAUAAUAAUAAUACUAUUGUUAAUAUUAUUAUUUUAAUUAACUUUUCUUAUUUUAUUUGAUUUAUUUUUCUUUUCACCCUCGGUUUUCUCGGGUACGCAGGUGCGUACCGUGCGUACAGGUAGCGACGCCCCCGUUUUGGCUAGCUUGCGAAAUAUAUUUUGGAGACCAAAAAGGCUUCCUUGGCAAGUAUUCAACCAACUAAGUGCAGAUUUGGCAAACUUGACACCAAACGUUUUCGUGUUAGUUUAAGUUAGAUAAAACGCGAUAGGCAAUCAAAGCAGAGAAAUCUCUUUUAAAAAGUAACUUUAUUGAGUUUUCUAAAUUAGUUUAUUCUAAUGCACCAGCAAUACAUGUAAAUCACCGUCUUAACAAGCCUUGUUACACUGUAAGUGGAUGUAGCAAUCAGUGUAGAAUAACAAAGGUGUGACCGACAUCGGCGCUUUAUUCUUACAUACUGUUACAUAGCUAUUAGUGGUCACAUAAGUAAUGAAGUCAGAAAGUUUAAAAAACUUAACUGAAUUGGAAUCAUUUGAGAUACAAUCACGGUCUUUACAAUAUUGUACAGUUAAGUACUAUUUUCAACAGUAGGGCUCAAAUCAUUAACGGGCACGAAGAGGAAUUAUAGCAACGUUUUGUUUUUGUCGACAAUUAAAUAAUGUUAAGAGAGCUUUUCUGAACCUUGGCAUUCUGACUGUAUAAAUAAUAGGAUUAGCGAGCGAGUUUAUGUGCAAAAAUACCAGUAACGAAUACUGCACUCGCAAUUUUGUUUGGUAAGAUUCCAUUCUAGUAGUUUUAUAAUAAACAAAAGUGGCUAUAACAUAUGGCAGCCACAUCAUUAAAGAUACAAUAGUCAUUAUGAAUAAUGUGACAGUCAGCUUUCUUUGUCUACUGGUUGCACCAUGGUGCUGAGGAUGAGUUCCAUAAAGACAUUUAACAACAAUGGAAGCGUAAGAAACACAGAUAAAAAAUAGACACAAACAGUUGUAUGAUUGCCAUAAGUAAAAGCUAUGCGACCCUCCUUCCCCAAGGAGCCCAACUAUCCUAAUGGCCGUUGAUACUAUCGCAGUUAAAACCCAGACACCAGCAAUUGUUGCACCAUAGACCCAUGUUUUUAUGACGCGAUGUCUUAAUGGACGGAAUGUCGCAUGCAGUUGAUCUAAGGAAAUCGCUGCAAUGCUUGUUAGAGAGCUGAGAAGAAACCAGUGAAAGAAAAAGAAAAUAACGUUCUUUGAUAAGCUUAUAUUCACAAUGUCGCAUCCUAAACCUAAUAAUUUAAAUAGAGGAAUAGAGGAAAAUCCUCCAACCAACAUAUCAGCUAUGGUUAAGUUUAUAACCAAGAACAUGGCACGAGUGCGAAGGUUUCUGUGCUUCAUAAAAAGAAUGAUUGAUAGAAUGUUGACAGCUACUAUAGCAACUGACUCGAUGAGGAAAACAGCAAACCAGAUGUUGCACUCCGAUGAAGAAAUAAUCAUCGUAGAUUCCGUUCUUGUUUUCUUUCCACUGCUGUUCAACCUUUAGAAAGAAUUCGAGAUACGUUCAGUUACUUGGAAUCAAGAAAAUUGUAUAAAGAUCAAGAAUGAAGGUACCGCUCACCUUAACCUUUGAUACUUCAGAUGACGACACAAAUGCAGAAGUGAAAGGUACUCUUGCUCUCACCUGUAGAAGAAAUUUAAAGUCGUUGCUUGAGGAUAUAGUAGAAGGCGUUUUUCUUGGUCGUGUUGACGGAUUUUCGCCAACCGACCCCAGUUAAAAGUUGAUAAAACCAUGAACGGGUCUGUUGGAUGAAUGUAUACUGAAACAAAAGUCUGUAUCGAAAUUGCGGAAAAAAUCUAUCUACAAUUAAAGUAGGCCUUCAUACCCUUUUUCCCCUAGGGCCGGGGUAACUGAUCACCUAGCCGAAAGUUCAGUUUUCCUCGUCGGUUGUAGUAUGUUCAUGGGAAAGACCACUGUUUACUCAGGUUGUGGACGCCAAGGCACAUCUGUGAUCGAGAAUAAAAUAAUUUUUUGAAGUAACUUGUUUAAGAAAGAAUAUCCCACCACAUGUUUUUCGCGUGGAAUUAAAAUUGAUCUUCGUUGCUUUUGUCUAUCAACUCAGAUAAAAUUAGGAAAAAUGCUUCUGCUGACCAGAAAAUUUAACAGUGGAAAGUCGAUCAAUGAUUGUUGACCAAUUAGACAUGCAACUGUUUGAGAAACUAAGCCCUCAUUCAACAUGAAGAAAUGUUUAAGAGAGAGAUUGAGAAGUCAAUAUUUAAAGCGUCCAGUUGAUUUUUUGCUGUUAUUGUUGUUGGCCGGGUUUUUCUUUUUACGUUAAAGAUUGUUUUGUCUUUGCUGGGUUUUGGGGGGAAAUAUUAACUUACCUUUCACAAAAAUACUCUACUUGAUGACUCUCCAAAAUAUCCGUUGGGCUUGCUCUGACGAUAAAUAGCGGUCACUCAAUUUAUUGCUGUUUUUAAUAAUCUGCACUCUUCGUUUUGGUAAAACAUUUAAACAAAAAACUGUUGAUAUCAAAUAAUUGCCAUGCUCAUCUUUUUCAUCUCUAAGCCCCCCCCUAGCAAAUAGGCAUCUGCGUUAAAGGUUCCUCUGACAAUAAAUUGCCGUUAUUCAUUCGUUUUUAAUAAUUUUGGUAAAACAUUUAAAUAAAAAACUGUUGAUAUCAAAUAAUUACCAUGCUCAUCUUUUUCAUUUCUUAGCUCUUGUCAAUAUCGCAGACUGGUGGCAUGGUAAACAUUUCAUGCCUUUUUAAAUUCUUGUUAUGGAAAUUUUGGAGAAAAUGUAGCUAUUUAAAGUUAAGCUUGCUCUAACUUUUAUUGACUUGAGCUUCCUUUUUCAAUCAGCCUUGGACAAAUUGACCUUAAUUUUCUUCAGGACACGUACACUUUAGUUGCAGUCUAUUAUUCGCGCAAAUACGACAUAACGCAUACUAAAUCUUCUUUUUACUUGAAACACUUUUGAGAAUAUUUUUGAAUGAUGGUACAACUGGGAAAACUAUUUACGGCUAACCUGAGAUCAGGCCCAAUUUUAGCGGUUGUCACACAUUCUCUCUAACGGCAAGCGCUAAAAUUGGGUCUGAUCCAAACUCAUUCACGUUUGUGCUCGUUACGGCCAGAUUUUGGCCGUAACGCUGAUUGGCUGUUAGAACAAUUCCACAAGAUCUGAUUGGCUGUCGGAAACGCCGGAAGUUGAGAGCGCUUACUCCUCGCGUGGUUGUUUCCAGUCGUGAAUGAUCCGUCGUCGGCGGAGAGAAGGAUCGAUUUUGCUGUCUUUUUUAUUGUUUUAUGGUCUUAUGGUAGGAAAAUAUGCCUUAAUAUGUGCCAUGGAAAUUCAGAAAAUUCAUAUGGUUGUUCAUAUAUUCUCUGGAUUUGCUUUAGUUACGGAACUAAUGUGAGUGUAUCGCGGAGUUGAAUCCCUCUGCAAGAAGUUGACCGCUAACAAGGUACCUUUUGAUUUACCAACAAACGAGUGCAAAUCAAAAUACUGUCCAUCUUAAAACUGGUUUCAUUUGAAAGUUUAGCCGGGAAUGACUUCUCUGAACGGGGUACGCAAGCGGAGGCUCGCUGCGAAAGAAACCUAAAUCGCCAACUGUGAAGUAUUAGACGAAAAAUUUCACAUCGCUGUGCAAGGAAUUUUCAGUGUAGGUACUUUUAUAAAAGCUGGUGGCUUAAGGUAACAGACUGGUUGUUUGCCUUCGCUUUUUGUAAAAAAUAUACCAGGAAAACUGGUGUCCUCGCUCGUUGGCUGUUUGCUUUUGUUUUUAAAGAUUUAUGUACUGAAAAUCGGGGGAAAUUGCCGAGGAAAAUAUUAAGGCGACAGAAAAAUAGAAAUUUCAGUAUUUUAAAUUCGAGCGCGCCUAGCCAAAAUAAUAAAACCAGUAGAACAUCGUGUCGCCGUCUUUUCGAAAACUUUUUACCCUCUACGGCAACAGAAAUAACCUUCUAGAUCUCCCUUAAUCUCGCAAGAAGUUAAAUGUGAUUGUGCUGACUGUUUUAUUUGUAGCUGAAAAAAAAAACAGAUAAAAGCUAUUUUUCAAGUCCGGGAGGGGGGUGGGGAGCUACUUCCCAUACAUUCUCUUAAAUGAAAUCCAAACGAUGUUCUCACAACUUGCAAAGCGAUCAGCAAGGGUCUUGUCAGCGGAUUUGUGUACUGAUCGUGCGCAUUACGUCAAAAUCCAUUGAUCAACGGUCUUGAGAAGAAUCAAAGACAUGGUGGUCGAAGGCGGGACUGUUUCUCACUAUUGUAUUUUGGUAAUUCGCAAAUUUAUUGAUUUUAUGUCGCUUUUCAGACAUAGUUUGUGCUUUUCUUCUUCUGUUAAACAAUUUCCCUCUGCAGAGUUUGGAAUAUGCAACAUAUGGUUCCGCACAGCUGAUAAGAACCGCCGAAGAGUUGAGCUAUCGAGCAGUAUUUUGCCAGGGGCACCCAACGAGAAUAUAGUUCAAAACCACUUAAACAUAGCAUUGUUGAACGUAUUCUAGUAUUUAAACGGUAGAUAUAGGCAUAUUUUUAUCCCCUAAAAUUUUUUCAUCUGUUCGGAUUUCCUAGCUGAAAGUCUAGUGAUCCGAAAAUUAUAGGGAUCAAAACUUACCUUUUCGAAAAUUUCAGCCAAAAAAAAAGCUCUCGAAAAUUCUAGGUGACCUUUUUAGGGUAAAGAUCCGUUGAAAAUAGGCAAUUAUACCAUUUUUUAUUUGUUCGGAAAUCCUAGGAGAAGCAGGCAAGCAAGAAAUCUUACAACAAAUGUUCCGAAAAUUCUAGGUCUCAAAUCGUCUUCCGAACAGAUAUUUUCCGAAAAUUGAUGUUGGGUGCCCCUGUUUUGCUGCAAACCUUAGGAAAGUUAAAGUCGCUUCAAGGUACAGAGCUUUCAGUAGUAGUUGUGAUUUGUUUAUUUAGGAUCGUUUUGAAUUUUAACUUUGGAUUCAAGGUGUUGACUGAUCGUAAUAAACGAAGUGAAAUGUUAUGAAGUGUGAAUGUUUAUUCAGUUAUGAUUGUAGAGCUGUAAGCUCAUAUUUAUAAAGGUCUCUGAAUAUACUUGCUUCCAAUAAAUUUGACACUUUCUCCAGUAAUUUUUAUCAGCAUCAAGUUAUCCUUACCCGGCAAAAACGAUGUAACCUAUAAAUCGAUCGAGCGCAUUGUUGUUAGUUAAGAUCUAACACGGUUUCCCCCGCAAUAUCAGUACCGAAAGACAAAUGCGAAGUAUUUCUGAUUUCCUCUGCCGGUUCACUUCUUGCUUCUAAAAAGUCUAAAUCAUUUACUGUGGGAAAAAUACAAUUAUCCGCUGACCACCACACGGGGUGACCGCUUUGCAAGUUGUGAGAACAUCGUUUCUCGGUCCCAGACCUCGUCUCUUCCCCGCCCCUCCCCCCCAUUGUUUAAGUCAGCCAGGCUGCAUUUUUCCUACGCGUGAAAAAUUUGCAUAAUAGAAAAACAAGCAACGGAAGUAAUUCUGAUCCGUUUGAACCACCUUAUGAGGCUCUAUGGCAGUAAAAGCUUCGGCUAAACCAUACAGUGGAAUGGUGCAACUUUAAAAAAUAGAAUUGAGGCUCAAUUUUUCAGUUAGAACCCGAGACCUUGAACGACGUCUCCAGGGCUCAAAAUAACGGCCGGUCAACGGACAAUGUCCGGCCUGAUCGUGGACUUGACCGGUCAAACUCUCGUCUGGCCGGUCAUUUUGACCGGUCAUCUUUGGAUACGAACAUUUUAUAAUAUUUUCCAUAAGUUGUCGCUUAAUGCGUUUUGCUCAGUCUAUAACGCUGUAGUGACUUCUUUUCUCUUUGGCUUUUUUUUCUUUGCUGCUUCGCAUUAAAGGCUGUAAAGAAAAAAAGGACACCGUAAUAAAUUUCAUGUCGUAAUUGAAAUGCAACAAAGCGAAACAACAACGAACUGCUGGAGUGACGCAACGAUGCAGCUGGUGGUACUGUGCUUUCUGCUUGUGCUAAAGUCAAUAGUGUGACCGUCUUUGGGAAAAAAUAUACUAACGAUAAUCUGUUAUCCGUUAGAAAACUAAAGGAUAGCUAAAAGUUUUGUCCAUCUGAUAAACUUUCUUUUUCAGCACUCUGCUGAACGUAACUCAGUCCAGCUCUGAUAAAGGUUAUUUUUGUGUCUACUGAUGAAGAAGGCUUCUCCACUGGUAAACGAUGCUUUUUAAUGUCGUUUACUGAUGGGGUCGGCGAAAAGGAGAGGAACUCCACCAAAAUCAGCCAGUUAAACUUACAAGGUUUAUUUUCCUUACUCGCAAGGCGGUUCUACAUUCUUCCUGAUGUUCCUCUCUUUCUCUAUCUAUAACUGCUUACCCUUCUUCCUUCAGUACCUUAGCAGCUCGCUAUUUGUUUUUGGUCGUUUAUUGUUUAUUUUUUCCUCCAUUUAUUUUUUUUACAAGCCAUUUAAAUUGUAUUACAAGAUUGAAGAAUUAAAGAUGCUAUUUGUAGAAUUAAAUAUCAGGUUACAAGAAUAAAUGGAGAGGGCAGGAAAUAGUUAAACAAAUUACUUGCCCUUUGAUUAAAUUACAGUUUUAUUUAGGUUAAAAGAGAAAAAAAGAGAAAAGUAUAAACCCUAUAAACUAUGAAAAAUAUAUGAAAAAUAUUCAAAAGAGAGGAAAAAAGAAAAGCACAUACACACACACACAUAAAAAAAUGUAACAUUUGAGAGUCGGUGUGGCGAUGAUUAAUACUGAGCAAGAUAAUAGUUGAAAAGUGCUCUUUUAAACAAUUUUUUAGUUGCUUUUUCACGUAUAGAUAAAGGAAUAUCAUUCCAAUAAUAGCAUCCUAUGACUGUAGGACAGAAUUUUCUUAAAUUUAUUCUAAAGCUACUGGGAUUUAGGUGUUGCAGGGAUGCACUUCUUGUGUCUUCAUUCUAUUCAUUUUGGUCGUUGACCAUAUGUCUACAUAUAUAAUAAUGCGUAGGAUGUAUCUCCCAACAAAAAAGAGCCCGCCACAAAACCCUAUCUAGCUAAGUCAAUUACUAAAAACGUAGAAAUGUCCCUUUAAAAGAUAACUAUCUUCCGAGGGAUGUCAAAUUUGGAGACAAGAUGUCCCAUUCUCAAAAAGCACACUGUUGAUAUUUAUGUUUCUGCAUGCAAAGCUUAUUAGUAAAUUGCCUAUUCAUUACGUUGCAUUUUUAAAGGUAAACAGUUAGAAUGCUCUAGAACCUUAAAAGCCUAUUGAUCGGAUAUUUAUCGAACUUUUAUUAACUUUCCAUAUAUCUUCAAAAUCGGGAAGAUAAGUCCUGUAACACAUCUAACGUUUCACAUCUAACGUUUCACAUGAUCUGCUUGUAAGAGGAAUGUGAAAAUCAACUUCGACAGAAUUUGGGGAUUGUCCCUCAAAUACCGAGAGCUGAAAUAGUUAAUCAUUACACAUAGCAAUUGAAAAAGAUCAAUUAGUGAUUAUUCAGAGGAAUAGUAGGCACAGAGGAACCAGUGUGGGCAAAGAGGAACAUUAGGCACGGAGGCAAAUCGAUCGCAAUUCUUACCAGGUCGUGCGGCAGCUGUUUCUUCGGGAAUAACUUUUAGCACAUCGAUUUUAUAACAAUUUCUUUAUGUGGAACAUGAAUCUCGUUUGCAGACUCGAUUCCAGAAUAGUCUGAUAAAAAAAUUUAAGCUAAUCGAGAACGAACGUUGUCUAUCCCUCAUUCUUGUAAAGAGCUUUAUGCAUAUUUCUGUUGACGUUAAUGAGCCCUUCCCGAUAAAGUGUUACGCGACGACCCAAACGAAAGCUCUGCUGUAUAUUUAUUGACUUCUGAUGAUAAACACGCUGUUUGUGGAACGGAUUUCCCCCAAAUAAACUUCUUUACCGAAAAUAUUUAGUGUUGUUCUUCUUUGUAGAGGAGACUUUCGAUCACGUGCCGGGCAACGAAAAAGAGUUUUACCGAUAUGCAGAUAUGGGACGACCCUUGGGGAUUUCAGACACCGCCGUACGAUGAUACUCAAGGUAUAACGGAAAUGAAAACGGGCAAAAACCGCGGAAAGGAACUCAAGAACGUGUGAAUGAAUUUUUCACCUACUUGCUGCCAAAAAGCUGAACGUGAAUGCACUACAACGAUCUAUUGCCAGCGUAAUUCGAUAUUACAUUAGGCAAAAAAUAUAUAUACAUAUAUUAUAGUAUCUUGACCGGCCAAAAUUGGGGUUUGUCCGGGCUAAAAAAUAUUUGGCCGGUCAUCAGGACCGGCGACCUGCUGUCCGAUAUUUUGAGCCCUGGUCUCACGCCGAUUAAUAGUGUAUACUUUGAAAUGUCUUUUAAAAUAUGACUUAUCUACAAAAAUAUAUAUAUAUAAAUAGCAGCUUUCAAGCGGCCAGUUUCCUACGCAGAAAGAGACAAUUUGUGAGCUGAACUGUACAUACAACAAGUUCAGCAAGGUUUCUUAUUUUUGCCAUUGUUUUUUACACCAGAGAUCAAAAAUUAUACCGCCACUGAAACAUUUUGUUUCGUUUGUAACUUACCUUUUCAGCAGAUACCGUGCUGGUUGACUGUCCUGAAGGACAACGAAGCCGGAAAAUGCUUGCGAAAGUCAGCGAUUAACGUAUUUGUUGGUCUGGCGUCAAUGACGUCUGUGUUUAAUUUGCGGUUUCCAUUGAUUCAAAUAGAUAUCUAGCCUUAAAACACUCUCUUUUAAUAUGUAUAUAAUGUAUAGUAAACGCAAGUCUUGCGUUAUUUUGAAGCAAAAAUAUACAACAUAAUUCCUCGCCAUUUCGAGGAACAAUUAUUAACGAGAUGUUUUUGUACUUGACAAAAAAGCAAGGCAAGACACCUAUUUUUCAAAUUUUAACUUUUAUAAAAACACAACCUAGCUUUGAGAAAACACGGAUCGAACCUACAGCAACCUGCAAGGAGCCAAUCAAACCGCACCAGUUUCGAUCCUGCAUACGAACCAGGGUGGAUAUAUAAACGCCUACCAAAUCAAGAAACACGGAAUGGUUCAGAGUUUACCUCAACCAUCCACCACAUAGCAACUGAUGAGAAUCGGAAGAUUCGAAACCGCAGGUCUUACUUGUAAACUUAUGUUUAACUGCAUACGUUAUGUAGUGGCACAAAGAAGCCAGUCAAUUAAUUUUUAAAAAACCUAAAAGCUAUGGUAUUAAAAAAUAUCUAGCCUUAAAAUACCCUCCUUUAAUAUUAAAAUUGCAAGUCACAUUUACAAAGCGAUAGAGCUAUAAACCGACAUUCAAAGAACACAGCAUUGUCUGGCCGGUCACCCCUUACUGUUUUUCCUCAUCACGUGCUAGGCAACCACUGUCUCGUGUGAAUGUAACUAGAUUAUUACGCCGACUUCAGGUUAAAAUAGAAAAUAUUUAUCUCUUCAAAGUAAUAAUAAAGAAAACAUGGAAACGUCUUUGAAAACUGGCUUUGCCCAAACUUUGUCUUGCUGCCUAAAAAAUCUGAGUUGCCCAAAAUUUGGGGGGCCUCGUCCCGCAGUGUCUACUUUAAAAGAAGUUUUAAUGAAAAAAUGGAAUUUUAUACAAAACCAACCGUUACUUCCCCAAAUUUUUAAAGAACCACCUAUCAUUUCCUACAAGAAAGGAAAAUCCCUAAAGGGCAUGCUCGUGAGAGCUAAAAUAUAAAAGGUUAACACAAGGUUUCACGCCUAAAUAUUUUGUUUUAUUAUCGCAUUAAAACAAGAGAAAUGAUCACAUAUGGGCUUUUCAAGAGUUCCAAAUUUGGUUCUUUGAUUAAUUUUCAAUAUCAGUUUUGUUGGAUAAGACUCCACUUUAACUUGGCAGGGAGGGGAUAAAAGAAAGAGAAGAAGGCAAGAUGGGUGAGGGGGGCGAUUAUUUUAGAUAUUUCCGUCUAAAGGGGGCGAUUAUUCGAGGGAGGCGAUUAAUCGAGUGACGGCUAUUAUUCGAGGAAAUACGGUAUCUCUCUUUGAAAAUCCAUUUUAUUAAUGCUUGUGUCACGACUUAAGAAUCUGUUCUAACAGUUGAUUUUCUUUUCUCUCUGACAUGAUUUGUAUAUCAAAAAGAGCGAUCAAUUUUCAUCCUCAAUGCAUAUAGAUACUACAAAGAUAGCCCAGUGAUGACCAUAGGGCCUGUUAUCUCAGAUUAUUACACUGUACUUACCAUGAGUGUGAAUGAAAUAAAAGCAAAUGGAAUCACUUCUCAUCAUAGCGGACAACCUCGAUUUCGUUGUUUAAAUGUGCCACACAGAAGAAGGACAUAAAAGUUUACCCCUUUUUUAAAUAAGAAUAUUUUAAGGUUUAAAAGUAAGGCCUUGUAUAGUGUAAAGUAAUUAUAAUUUACUUUUACCGGAAUCACUUGUUAUAAUAUUAUAAUAUAAAUAAUAAUAAUAAUAAUAAUAAUGUUGGUUAAGGUAAAAAAACCACUGCAAAACCACUUGCUCAACGUCAGAUCCAAAAAGAUCGUGAUCAGUUAAAAUAGAUCAAAUGGAAAACGUUACAGUCAAAAGAAGACUUUUGCAGGGACUGAUCAAACAACGUGAAAUAGAGUUUGCUUGCGAUAUUUCGACUGCCCAAUACCAGUCUUCAUCAGGUUUAUUGAUAACUUGAUAAACCUGAUAAUAAUAAUAAUAAUAAUAAUAAUGAUGAUGAUGAUGAUGAUGAGAUCUGAUAAUUAGCACCUUUUACACUUUAUAUUGUAUUUUUUCUCUUCUAAUCACAUGCAACUAAAUUUUCACACACAACUCCUUAUUUAAUGAACUCACCGAAUUAAGAACUACACGAAUUUGAAAAUGAUGACACGGAGUCAUCGAAACAGCAUUAAUUGCUAUCGCUGAUUUUUAUUCUCAAUUUUUUUGUCUGAAUCCUCCGUUAUUAGAAUAAAAGUAAUAAUAAUAAUGAUGAUGAUAUUAAUAAAAUUAAUAAUAAUACUAAGAUUACGAGAAAAUGGCAAGAAAGCCAUUAGGCUUAUCCAACGUUGGUAAGCCCUUUCAGUGCAGUGCGAAACCAAGUUACUUACUCUCACUUAAAGCUGUGAACAGAAUCCUACCAAUGUUACCAUUCAGGUGAAAAUUCUUUAACAAAACGUUUGUGCAGUACUGCAGUGUAUUUGUUUCUCGGGUUUUCCAGAACUAAGUUUUUGUUUAUUUGUUUGCCGUUUUUUUGUUUGUUUGUUUUUUAUCAUUACGAACAAUAGGAAAUGAAAGGCUUAAAGAUUUAUACAACAGGUCCAACAGCCCAAGUCCUCAGUUUAGGGCUGAUGGGCCUCAUUAACCAUCAAAAUACUGCUUAACUUCGUUAGUUGUUAUAACCCGCAUUAAGGUUCAUUCUUCACCUGUGGCAGAUCCUGAGUUAAUAUAUGACAAGGCUCGAACAGGAGAAGAAGGAUUUGAGGGAGCUUUGGAGCUGUUCCCGCAGAACUUUAGUCUCAAACAGCUUCAGCCUGACCUCUCUGGUAAGUCAGUCUUCAUUUCACUUCCAAGCCAUUGCUAAGGUUGCACAAUCAAUGAGAAAAAUUCCCGAAAUGUCUAAGUAAACUAAGUACGUGUGAUAGGGAAUGGUGACGAGUCAAAUUAGGGAAUAAUUUCACGCGCGUUUGUCCAAAUUCUAAUAAUUUAAAACGCAAGUGAAAUUAUUCGUUAAUUUCACAAGCACGCUAUUACUAAUAUCAUGGGUGACAAAUUUACGCUUACAAUCGUUAGUGUUUUUAAAACAUGUCUCAAUAUCGUAUCGAUCGGGAACACAAGGCGCUGUAAAGUUUAGACCUUAAAAUUUUGGCUUACGUUCGCAAGUUUCUGAAUUUUUGAACACAAUGCCUGGUAGAAUCCUUUUUGAUGUGGUCUUUCGUGUGUUUGCGUUUUCUAAAACGCCUUUUAACGCCCUGACAUGUGGCCUGAAUUUCAGUCGAUUACUUCCAGUGGGACGGAAAGUUGCCAUGGCAACUUUGUUCUUUCACAUGUAAACUUACAAAUUAGUAAUGGUAACAGGACUGAGUAGAGUCCAAUUCGGUCUGUAAUUAUACGAUUGAUUAACAAACAAAAUCAGACGACCGCGUUGCGGGAGUCCGAUUUGUUUAAUCACGAGUAUGAUUACAGACCGAAUUGGACGACACGAAGUUCCGUUACCAAUUAAUCAUAACUUUAACAAAGUUUGUGAUAUAUAAAGCUCUUUUUUUAAAUCAAAACACUAGAAAUUCCAAGAUUUUUUUAAGCGCGCGCGUGAUGGCGCGUACUGUCCAAUUACGUAAGCAUGACGCGUAUUGUCCUAUUAAAUUAUCCUAUUAAGGCUGAAAUCAGGGCAGUUGAUAGCCAAUCAGAUUUGAGAAUUUUUGUUAUAGUUAUGAUUGACGCUGAAGUUUCGCGCCAAAAUUAAGGAGUAAUUUGUCAUUUAUGACAUUACAGUACUAAUUACGAUAGUAUGCUUUCAUCUGAGUGGUUAUGUAGAAUUUUGACCGAAAACUGUAAUUAAUUUCGGUUCAGGUAACGUAGGGACCUUCAAUGGUCCCUGCUACAACAGCUUCGUCUUAUAAGAGUCGAUCAUCCCAUGAGAGCAAUUUAUUCCGGCUCAAUUGAUGGUACGUCUUUUUAGGAAAGAUGCAAGUGUUGGAUUAUAUCCUAGCAAUGACGAAGUCAACUACUACAGACAAGGUACGUUAUAUGUGCUAUAGGUUGAUGCCUCUGGGUAGUUCAUUUUGUUUACAAAACCGGUUACGCGUCUUUAUUCGCUAUGGAACUUAAAAAAGAUCACUUGUUAGUGAAAAAAAUCAAACCUCGUGUCAAACAAAUAUGUCCCCUUAUAGAAGCAUAUCAAACGUUACAAACAACAAACAUGAACUUUGAAAAACUGUUAGGCUAACAAGUUUUCAAAAACGGCAAUUCAAAUUGGUUUCAAUCUUCAAUUUUAUAUAUCCGUGCCUCGUUUUGUAUUUGCCGUGUUAUUCAUACCUUCUUUUAACGUUUUGAGCUUUUAUUAUUAUGUUUCACUCAAUUUGGUGGCAGUUUCCAGUGUUUAAAUGUUGAUAAAUUUUGUGACGUAGCUCCUUGAAUGAAACUGUGAAAAGAGGCAAAUGAAUCCAAGUAAAUUUGUGCAAAUCUACAUUUAUUCGUUAAUAACGUAAAUUUAGCGGGCAAAGAAAUUCCUCGGGGUUUGACUGCAUACUAAACUGAACCAAGUUGUUUACGGGUUGAGAUUGCAAAGCUGGUCUCAAGAAGAUAGAUACUCCUUAGAAGAAGCAAAGUUUAACCAGGGACAUAGGCCAUGGAACUAAGCUGGAUUGAGUGGCACUCAAUGCCAAUUAUAACACGAGCUAAAACAGUAAAACUCUAAUGUCGGGACCAAAUCCUGGGUCUGUAAGUCCGUGAUAUAACGGAGGCUUGUUUCAGUCAAACGUCUGUAAUGUUUCUCUUUGGGUUUCGCCUGGAAAAGCAAACUGUCCCGCGCAAGGCGGAUGUUGACGGAUGCCAUAAAGCUAGUUGUAUUUUACUUUCUGCAGGUUGUUCUUGUAUCUAAUUACACUCAAACUCUCGAUCUGUUUGAGAAACUGUGUAGGCUUAGAAGGUUAGUGCAAAAUUCAGUUACUUUUAAAUUCUAUAUAUUCGUUUUUCUUUUCUCAAGGCUUUGCUAGGGAUUUAAAAAAAAAACUCAUAAAGAUACAACAGAAGAAAAGACAUUAACGAGUGUCGCUGAUUGGAUGCUGAAAGAGGCUGUGUCUUGCUGUUUGCUGUAUCAGUUUUGGAAAGCGAAGACGCGUCUUCGCAUAAAUUGAAUUCCAAAAAUAAUGGUUUAGUUUUGUUAUUUUAGACUUUAUUUAGGCAUCGAAACAGUUUCCUAUCGUCUGUUGCGACGGAUGGCAAGGAUGGACAUGGAUUGAAACUUCUUCAUAAGUCUACAGUAGUAAUGCGCAUGAUUAAACUGCGUUCUGUGCAUUCUACUCAUUCUUUGUGGAAGAACUGACGAGUGCUGGCUACUUACAUGCGACGCAUGCGUUAUAACAACCUGGAGAUUAGGAUUGCGGGCUCCUCUUGUCGCCCGCAAUUAAUAUCCUUUUUCUAUUUUUUUCAGAUAACUGCAGUCUUUCGGUCAAUCUCUCAAAUAGUUGAACAAUCCUUUCGUUCUUCUCACCAGCGCUCAACCCUUUUAAUUCUUUUUAUUCUUAAGAGUGUUCAAAAUCAAAUUGCAGAAUACUGAAAAACUGGGAAGAAAAAUAAUGAUAAUAAAAAAGUAUUGAAAACGAAUGUCUCAAAGCGUAGUUUUGUUGAUAUGAAACAAAGUCAAAUCACGGUCGUUUUUGCUUUUUCCGUUGUUGUUUUAUGUUUGUUUGUUUGUUUGUUUGUUAUAUACGUCUAUUAAAAGAACAAAAAGUGUACAAAGUACGAAUAAAAAUAAAUAUUGUAAGGAAUAAUUACAUACUAAUCUUCAAACAAUAUGAAUUUUUUUUUUUUGCCUAGGUACCAGUAUGUUCGUCUUGAUGGAACGAUGUCGAUCAAAAAACGGCAGAAGAUUGUAGACAGAUUUAACGACCCACAUGUGAGUGGAUCACAAGAGACACUUUCAUGGUUUUCUUUUUUUGCUAGUUUUUAUCAAGACCAGGUAGCGAAUAUCCAUUGACACUGCUGGAAAGAUCGCCUUCACAAAAGGAAAUUGAAACUUACCGAAUUUAAAGGUGAUGCGUUAAAAGCGAGCAAAGAUAUUACAUUCAAACUUGGCAUCUUUACUCAUUUAACCCUGUAAGUGCCAAUAGUGGCCAACAUCUAUUUUCUCCUAACAAUAUUCAUACAUUGUUAAGAGAAAUGGUUGCGAGAAUUAAUCAAAUGAUCACCAAAGAGAAAAUGCUUUGUUCUUUUAUUAAAUUCUAUCAACUUAUCUGUAAAGGAAAUGUAUGAAUAUCAGUUUGGAGAAUUUGUAUGUGGAUGUAUUGGGGCUUAAAGGGUUAAAGGCGUUUUCUUUUUAGCCACGUUAACGGAUUUUCGCUAACUGAAAUAACCAUGGUAGGAUUUUUUUUUUUCGUUUUGUUUUAUCGUUUUCAUACCACCCAAGAUGGCGUUGGAAAGCGUGGCAAGGUAUCUAAAUACUUGCUCACUUGGAUCUCCGUUUUUGUCAUGCUCUAGGGAAGCGACUUUGUAUUCAUGUUGAGUAGUAAAGCUGGUGGAUGUGGUUUGAAUCUGAUUGGUGCGAACCGACUUGUGAUGUUUGAUCCUGAUUGGAAUCCAGCCAAUGACGAUCAAGCAAUGGCCCGUGUGUGGAGAGACGGACAGAAAAAGAAGGUGAUUGGACAUUUGCCAUCAAAAAUUGAGUUACAAAUUAACUGACAUACUGGGGAAAAAAAGUAAAAGUUUCUAAAAAUAGAAAAAUAGAUUAAUUUAUCUGUGAUAAGUAAUCGGAUACCGGUUCAGACGGUUGCAUAGUGAUUAAGUGCACUCAUUAACUUACAUUAAAUAUGUUUGAUCAGUGGUUCUUUAAAGUAAUUAAAUUCGUGUUUUAUGUACUUUUACUCCAGAGGUUGAGUUAAUCUUAAUGUUAUCGCCAUUUCAGGUCUUCAUUUACAGACUGCUGUCGGUAAGUUUGCAUUUCAGCUCAUAAAGUAAAAAGUAGCAGAGAAUAAAACUAAAACCCAAUGUGAAUUACGUAUGUUGAGUUGUUGAAUUUGACAUGCAGUUUACUUAACAGGACCAGGUUGUAUAUACCCUGCGAGGAGAGGCUACAUUUUCGCUGUAGGAGCUGGCGUGCGAAAAGUAGCUACUUUUCGCACGCUAGCUGACACAGCGAAAAUGUAGCCUCUGCUCGCAGGGUAGGUUGCAUAAAACUUUUUUAAGAUAAGAGCUCUCUUAACUUUUUGUUCUGGAACAAUAACCUAUUGUUUUGAAAUAAUAGUAUAGUUACGAGUUCCCUUAACCUUAAAAUGUUUUUUGCAACCCGACCCAGGCCUUUAAACAAAGCGUCUCUGUAAAACUUCAUUCACUACAGCUGUGCCAAUUUUUAUAUUAUUUGUUUUAAACAAAUUGACUACAACUACGUUUUGUAUUGACUUUCUCUACCCGUCAGAUUUCUCAGCAAAGUAGUUGUCUCGCUUUGCGUAAAGCCCGAUUUCCUUGUUAGAGAUACUUCGAAUCAUUGUUUUUACGGCAAAUAGCUCACAAUCAACAUCAGAUUCAAGGGAGCAAUUUCUAAAAUUACGAAAUGAACUGAUAAAAACUGUGUAAAAUUCUCAUGGAUCAACCUGAUGUGAAAUUACUAUUUUUUGAGUACACACAUGAUAAUUAAAGGGCGCUAAGAGACAAGUAACAUAUCAAGAAAAGGGAAUCAAAUUCGAAAACAAUAGGUUUUGUUUUCUGUUGUUGAAAUGGCCAUAUUUGGUCAUUUUUAAAACGGCUAAAAUAAUGGGACAAGUAAGUGAAAACGUGGUUUCGUGAACGUGAAAGUGAAGGUCAGCAUGAUUCUAAAUAUUCCUAUCGUUGUUGGUUAAUAAUUAAACAGCGCCGAGCGGUAAGAGACAAGUGAUGCAGCCGUCGACGACGGCUCUUCAUCACGUUGUAGAUAUGCCAAUCUCGUUCCCAGAGCCUGUGAUCCUUUCCCUCCGCUGGACAAGGGUCAACAAAGGUUCUGGAGAGAAGAUUGCAGGCAAUAUUCAUGGCGCCAUUUUUACACCAGAAUCGACUGAAACAAAAAUGGCAACUUUGCAAACGCAAAAAUAAAGUAAAGAUUCGUUUGUGGUAUGAGGGAUCAAGUCUAUACGUUCGAUGCAGACUGCUUCCUAUACCAUGAAAGAGAAUGUGUGAAAUUUCUUAUAUUUGAACUGCGGGAGAAGGUAACACGUGAAACUGUUCAUUGCUGUUGCGUACAAAUGUACACAGCUACUCUGGAAAAUUUUUACGGGUGAACGCUUCCUAUCCCGUGCUAGAGUGCCGUAAACGGACAGGAUUAAGUUGGUAGCCCUUCUUUCAGUUUGGAUGAAUGCAAUGGUAAAGUGAAUGAACACACUUUUCCCUGCCUCCUCCACAAACUGUCCCAAGGCUGGGAAAGGGAGCACGGACUUUAAAAAGGGUGCUGGAGAACAAGCAAGUGGUGCCAGUAGGUGAUGAUGGGAACGAGCGCGGAGCGAAUUCGGGGAGUAACCGGAACAAAAAACAGACACAGGGGAACGCUUCGUCUUUUUUCCCUUCCCAGCUCUCACUUUUGCCCUCGCUUUCCUUAAUUAUUAACUAAAACAUGCCCUAAAAUAAGCGAUCUCGAGCAACUAGAGAAGAGGCAGCCAUUGGCCCCUGAAUCACUUUCAUGUUCGGGACAAUUUUUUUUUCCUUUGUAGACAGGUACUAUAGAGGAGAAGAUCUUCCAACGGCAGGCUCACAAAAAAGCACUGAGCAGUUGUGUGGUGGACGAAGAGGAGGAUGUUGAAAGGCAUUUCUCAGUUGGAGAGUUAAAAGACCUCUUUCGUUUGAAUGAGGACACAAUCAGCGACACUCAUGACAAGUAAGUACAUGUGCCUUUUAUGUUUUGAAGAUGGUUUUGUCAUCGACUAUCCUGCAAAAUGUAUCGGCUGAGGUUUUCCAGGACCCACCAGUGGCAAAUGCAAUGUGUGCAAUAUCAAAGAACAAUUGACAAUCCAAGAUGAACUGUUGCGGCAACAGUUUACAAACUACUAAAUGGCUGUAGACUGAUGCAAUCAUGUACAUUCCUUGUCUCUAAACCCUAAAUCCCUACCCCUAUUGCUUUAUCUACUCGUAGACGCAAAUCUUACGAUAAGACAGAUAAAUGGCGCUCUGGGUCAUUUUGCAUGUUUAGGCUUCACGUAUUCGGCAAACGGCAAACGUCAGAUUCAAGGUGAGAAUUUCACAAAAUAGAAAAUGAGCAGAUAAAAACAGCUCAAAACAAUUCUUAUGGAUAAAAAAUUGCGCGAAGCUACCUAAUUUAUGUGUUGAAAUAAUGAACAGUAAAGGGGAAACUUGGUCACGUGGUACAAAUUCGCGUUUGCUGUUUGACGUAAACGUGAUGCUUAACCUCUCCAGUGACUUGAAAACCUUCACCAGCUGUUACAGGGCUCGUCUUUGUUUUCCGUAGAUUCAAAUGCCGUCGAUGCGUGAACAACAGUCAGGUAAGGCCUCCACCUGAUGGGAGUGAUUGUAGUGCAGACCUUUCUCAAUGGCACCACUCUUCAGACCCAAAAGGACUGGAAGACAUACUGUUAAAGGGAGCAUGGUCGAGCGGAGUGACAUUCGUUUUUCACCACAAAUCCCAUGACAAACAAUUAGGCCUGUGACUGGCCACUAAGAGAAUGCUCUAUACGCAGGCUAAUGCUCUAUAAUGGUAUAGAGACACUUUAAUUUUGUUACCGCAAUUAAUUUUUAAAGGCUUAGCUCACAAGCUUAUUGACCAGGGGUAUUUGGCUGAAGAGCAUUGUAGUCUUAACUACACAUUUUACAUCCAAAGGUUUAAUUGAAUAAUGAGCUGUCCUCUUCUUCAAUAGCUAAGCACUGUGUUAGAACAGACAGGGUCAGGGUUACUGGAGAUGUUUGGAAAGGUUAUGUGCUCAUGAAGUUGCUUACUAGAUAUAGGAAUACAAUAAAAACAGUCUUUUAAACAUAUUUCCCAGUACUGCAUUU